AUGGGUGCCCGCAGCGCUGGCAUAGUGGGGAAGCCAGUGGGCCCCCUCUUCACUAAUAUGGACAUUGCAUUGUCCCAGAAUAAAGGUGCCCAGGACCUGGGACAGACCCACAAAAUUUGGGACAGUCCUGAUCGAUCCGGGACACGUGGGCACCCUAGACACACCAGGCACACAUAUAUGAAUGUGACAACUGACAUUCAUACAAUAAAAAUGCUUUUAGCUUUCGCUAUUAACCUCUGCACAUUCAGAGAUUAUCCUCUCUGCUUCUGGAGGUGUAACUCCACCUCUGCCAGCGUUACUGGUGUAUUAUUACCCAGCCAGAACUAGGGUUUCGUGCUGGCUAAUGUAAAUUCUGUGCAACUUUGAUUGCAUAGAAUUGCAAUAAAUGGCCAAGUAUAGUCAGUUGAUGCUCUCGGCCAACAAAUGUCUGGUAGGAUUGGCAUCUGCCUUCUGCAGCUCUAUGGGACUCAUACAGUAGUCCAAUCUCCUAAACAUCAACUUGGACACACAGACCUUAUAUUCUCCCCCACUGGACAACCAUGGAUCCAACUCCCUCUCCAUUGGAGCACCAAGGAAGGAAACCAGGAGGGGUGGGGGCAAAACAUACACUCUCACCUACGUUCACAUGCAACACGCAGCCACUACACACACUCACAAACACUACACUUAGUGAAUACAUACCCACACAUAAAAUAGACCUCAUGGUUCUAGGUGGGGGCCAAAUCUGGCAUUCUGCCUAGGGCCCUCUCCUAACUUACCUUGUGGUUGAUGUAUGUCUCUCUCCACUGCAGUCUCCAGCAGAAUGUCCAUACCAGCUUCAUUCGUACGAGCACUCUGAUUAGCUGCAUACUGUAAAGACAUCCCCUGAUAUCAGACAAGCCGAAUAGGAAACUGAAACAGUGUCAGCCGUUCCUAAAUAAGUUUCAUUUUUGGAAAAAAUGGUUCUGCCAUGCACAAAUCUAAAAUACACUAUACAGGAUAGCUGCCUAGUUAAUGUAGCACAAGUCUUAAUUUGAUAAUAGAGUCUAAUUCAUAAUUUUCAAAUUGUAAUAGUUACCUUCUGUUGGGUUGCAGUUCCAUUACCAAACCAAGAAAAAAUGGUUUAGGAAAAAAAUGUAUAUAGAUAAAAUAUUUGCGCACAAUAUUUUUUUCAAAAUUCCCAUAACACAUACCUAAACAAAAAACAAAAAAAGCCAAACAAAGCCCAGACAAAGAAAAAAAAAUCAAUUUUAUAAGUGGACACAAUGUCUACGUCUUAAUUUAGCCCAUUUGGUUUUAGAAAUGAAAUGAAAGAAUCCAAUAAGUUUAUUUAUUUAUUUAUAUGAUUACUGAGAAUUCAUAGACACUUCUCUCUGAGAUGUAGGCAUUUAUAUCUUCCAGACCGCAAGUUGAUAUUUGUGGUCAUUUUGAUGAAAUUCAGUGACAUGACCGUUAAUAUUAUGCAAGGCCAGUGCAUUCUUUAUUGCCUUUCAGUGCAAAUUAAACCUACCUUUGAAAGAAUACUUUGUUCUUUUGCACUUAUUGAGAAUGACCACAGACUCAUCAAUGUCUAUUUCAUAUGACAACCAGAACUAGCUAAUAUAUUCUAUAGAUCAGCUUUGAGUAGUACCUAAAUUGAACCAGCAAUACUACUUAAACCCAUAAUAACCCUCAUGGCUAACAAUAUGAACCAGCACACAGUGGCGGAUCGGGGGGGGGGGGCAACGGGGCAAUUGCCCCCACCCCCGAGAUUCUCCCCUGCUGGCUAAUGCAGGGCUGGCAUUGUCCAAGUGCAAGCCCUGCAAUGUGCAUGCGGACCGGGAGGUCAGAGAUCAGAAGGGAGAGGGAGGAGAGAGGACCCAGGAGCUGUUACCUGCAGCUCCUCCGGGUCCUACUCUCGCGAGCACAGAGCGUUGCCGCGGUUACCACGGCAAAGCUCCAAAUCUCGCGAGAGUGAACUAUAGCCCUGGAGCUACGGGCUAGAGUUCACUCCUACCACUGGGAGCACCAUUGAAUCCCCACCAGACCACCAGGGAUCCAGAAAUGUUCCCCCUCCUCCCAGUAAAGGUAAGAAGGGAGGGGGGACAUAAAGUAUUUUUAUUUUAAUUAAAUUUAAAAAAAAGACUCCCUACCCUCCUUCCCCACCAUACAAACACUGCCCCCCAUACACACACUACACACACUGCCCCACAAACACUGUCCCCAUACACACACUACACACUCUGCCCCACAAACACUGCCCCCAUACACACACUGCACACCCAUACACACACUACACACACUGCCCCCAUUCACACACACUACACACACUGCCCCACAAACACUGCCCCCCAUACACACACUACACACACUGCCCCACAAACACUGCCCCCCAUACACACACUACACACACUGCCCCAUAAACACUAUCCCCCAUACACACUGCACACCCAUACACACACUGCCCCACAAACACUGCCUCCAUACACACACUACACCCACUGCUCCCCCAUACAGCCACUGCCCCACAAACACUGCCCCCAUACACACACUGCCCACAAAACACAUACACGGCAACUCUCACACACACUGCCACCAUCACAUACACACUGCACCGCUCACACACACACACACACACACUGCAGCUCUCUCACACACACACUGCCCCACACAUACACUGCCCCCUAACCAGUGGCGUACACAGGACCCAUGGUGCCCCGGUGCGAAAAUUGAUACGUGGGCCCCUCCCUCCCUCCUUCCCCUCCCCCCCCGCGCGCGGGCCGGGCCGCAACGCAUGACGGUGGGCACCUGGUCGCAGAGGUUACAGGGCUGCGACCCCUGCGAUCGCGGUAUGUACGCCAGUGCAUGCAGAUGCACACACACUUAAAGGACCACUCUAGGCACCCAGACCACUUCAGCUUAAUGAAGUGGUCUGGGUGCCAGGUCCAGCUAGGGUUAACCCAUUUUUUCAUAAACAUAGCAGUUUCAGAGAAACUGCUAUGUUUCUGAAUGGGUUAAGCCUUCCCCUAUUUCCUCUAGCUGGCUGUCUCAUUGACAGCCACUAGAGGCGCUUGCGUGCUUCUCACUGUGAUUUUCACAGUGAGAGCACGCCAGCGUCCAUAGGAAAGCAUUAUGAAUGCUUUCCUAUGUGACCGGCUGAAUGCGCCAAGACAGCCUUGCCAAGUAAGCAUACAGCCGACGGGGAGUGAGAAGAGGAGGAUGGAGGAGGAGAGCUCUCCGCCCAGCGCUGGAAAAAGGUAAGUUUUACCCCUUUUCCCCUUUCCAGAGCCGGGCGGGAGGGGGUCCCUGAGGGUGGGGCACCCUCAGGGCACUAUAGUGCCAGGAAAACGAGUAUGUUUUCCUGGCACUAUAGUGGUCCUUUAAAGGACCACUACAGACACCCAGAUCACAUCAGCUCAAUGAAGUUGUCUGGGUGUCAGGUCCCUCUAGUUUUAACCCUGCAGCUGAAAACAUAGCAGUUUCAGAGAAACUGCUAUGUUUCACUGAGGGUUAAUCCAGCCUCUAGUGGCUGUCUCACUGACAGCCGCUAGAGGAGCACACUGAACGUCCAUAGGAAAGCAUUGAGUAAUGCUUUCCUAUGGGCGGUUUGAAUGCGUGCGCGGUCGCAUUCGGAGCUGAGAGGCUGAGGGAUCCUCAGCGCCAAGGGAGUCCGGCGCUGGAGAAAGGUAAGUGCUGAAGACACACACACACUUACAGACGCAUACACACUAGCUAACAGACACACACAUUUACUGACAGAGACACAGUCAGCGACAGACAUACAUACACACUCACUUACAAAACAUACACUCUCAUUGACAAACACACACUCACUAACAGACAUCAAACAGACUCACUAACACACACACUCAGUAAGACACACACAGUAACACACACACUAACACUCACUCUAACACACACACACACUAACACUAACUAGCAGACACACACACUAACACUCACUAGCAGACACACACACACUAACACACACACUAACACUCACUAGCAGACACACACACACUAACACUCACUAGCAGACACACACACACUAACACUCACUAGCAGACACACACACACUAACCCUCACACACACACUAACACUCACUAGCAGACACACACACUAACCCUCACACACACUCUAACCCUCACACACACACUAACACUCACUCUCACACUAACACUAGUUUUUUUUUUUAAAUGUAAUCCCCCCAGCCUCCUUACCUUUUGGAGUGCUGGGGGGAUUCCCUGGGGUCCAGUGGUGCUGCUGACCCCGGCGGGCGGGUGGCCGGUCGGGAAGGCGGGCGCGCGAGGGAGCACUCAGUGCUUCCUCUUCAGCUCCCUCAUGCGCCGCAUAGGGAUGCCGGAGGCGGAGCCGGAAGAUGACGUCAUCUUCCGGCUCCGGCAUCAGUGCGGUGCGUGAGGGAGCUGAAGAGGAAGCACUGACUACUCCCUCGCGCGCCCGCCUUCCCGACCGGCCACCCGGUGACAGCAGGGCCAGCCUUGGGGGGCCCUGGGGUGGUCGGCUCCUGGGCCCCCCAGGGGAAGAGGCUGGCCCUGUGGCUACAUACCGGGUCGCAGGGGCGGCCGGGCCCCCUGGUGGGCCGGGCCCGGUCGCAGCCGCGACCCCUGCGACCCUGGUAUGUACGCCACUGCCCCUAACACACACACUGCAACCCUGACAUACACUGCCGCCCUCACGUACUCGCACACACACUUCACAGCUCACACACACACUUCACCCCUAACACAUACCACUGCUCCUAUGCCCUAUAUCCCAGCAGACCCCAGGUAAGUUGUCAAACUGUUCUUAAACGAUUUGACUACUUACUCUGGGAUGGGAUCCUGGCACUACUGGCGCCAUAACUACUACACUGAGCUGUAGUGGUUAUUGUGCCUGCAUUAUUUCUUUAAAUAAUCUACAAGUGCCCCUCAUGAGAUCAGGCUCUGGAUCCACCAUUGCCAGCACAUUUAGUAUCCUUUAGUUUAACCCCAUAACUUCUGGAAUAAAAGGGAAUCAUGACAUGUCACACAUGUCAUGUGUCCUUCUGGAAUAAAAGGCCCAAACUUCUGGAAUAAAAGGGAAUCAUGACAUGUCACACAUGUCAUGUGUCCUUAAGGGGUUAAGAGAAUGUAUUCAAUAUUUAAGUGGUUUUAAAUAUAACUGGAUACGACAACAGACUUAAUAAUCUAAAUAUCAGGUCGAUGAUCUGAAAUAUAAUCCUUCGUCCAGUCUGCCGUGGAGAUUUAUUGUAUAUCACCUGAAAAAGAUAUUUCUAAAUUAGUGUUUCAUUUUGAAACCUUUUAAGACUAAAUAAUAAACAUAAAUAAGAUGCUGCUUUAUAUUCCCUUCAUCAAUAGUCAAAUUUAUUGUGGAAUUGUUUUCAUACAUUAUGCUUCAUUGUUUAGUACACUAAAUAGCAUUUUGGUGUUUGUAGAAUAAAAUAGCAGAAAUACAUAAUACAAGCACAUUAUAUCUCUAGCCAUCUUGACAACAGUUUCUAUGAUAUUUUUUGUGUUAUUUCUCCAUAAUAAAUAAUUCUGCCUCGUGGGUGGAAGCUGAUUCUCGACUUUUAAAAAGGAAAGGAGGUAUGUUGAGGGAUUUAGGGAGAAGUUAGUUCUACCACACUUACUUCGACCAAGGUAAAUCAGCUCCUAACCUUUCAUCCAAAUGUCUCAUAUGAAAUGAGCUGAAAGCCAAACAUCACAGGAUUUAGGCAAAUUCCUAAAGACCCACAAAACAGCAUUUAUCAGAACACUAAGAAUAGACAAAAACCUCACUAACUUGUCUUUUAUUGUACACGUGCCAUUACAGAGAAAACCAUUCUAUUGCAUAUAAGACUAACACUCACAAUGGCAGUUUCGAACAGAAAUUCCACCCUCCUUACCUUGUCCGGACUCUCUGAUUUUACUAUGACAACUUAUUUCACCCGACUUUCUUUAUAAUAUCGAUUCAGUUUACAAUUCAUAUGAGAUCUAUAUUUAUCCCUCCCUGUUUUGGGAAAUAUUCUUAGUUUAUUCGCGAGACCUGUGUUUCACCAUAAUGGUGAUGCUGUUCACACAAAAUCAUAUGGAUCUAUGAUAUGUUCCUUGAUUGGAUUAUAAUAGUUGUUGUUGUUUUGCAAACCAAGUUUCAUCUAUACUAAUAAACCGGUGAAUGAGAAAAAAAAAAAGAACAGAGAUACUUUGUGUAUCUUAAAAACAUUGAAAAAUUAUUACAUUAGCAAAGGGAACAAAUUCACCUUCAAUAUACAGUACAGUGUUAUUGGAGGAUAUUGAUAUCAAUUUGUUACAUUUUUGGUUGCACCUAUUUUAAUGGGGAAAAAAAAAAACUUACCAACCCUGUUUAAGUACUAAAAGUACAGAAACACCUAUAGCUAGGGCUAUCUAAAAUCAGAUACAAUCUCGCUUUUACUUAAGAAACUAAUAGAAACUAAAAACUAUAACAAAGAUAAAAAACUAAAUGUAAUGGAUGCCCCUGUUUAAGGCACUUGUGAAAGGGCUUGGAGGCCAGCAUCCCUGCCACAGACUAUAAACCAUGGCACAGAACGUGGACUACUCUCACAUCCAUGAGGUUGCGAUAUUACUCUGAUUAAAAACUAGGGUGAGACUCAGAACUUCAGGCCAGCCACAUGGAACUAUAGACUGGUUUGGAACUUAGGCCAAGCCUAAACCUUUAAACGGGUGGCAAUUGGACAAAGUAUGAGAAAUCAGGAUAUUCUUUGAACAGCUGAGGAUUUAGGAUUGCAUGCAGGGGUCAAGUCCUGGGGAAUUGUCAGGGUCUUACCUGAGUUGGGAGUCUGUAGCGCAGAUAUGAUGCUCACCCUUGCAGAUAGCCACAGGCCGAGGUGGUCAGGUAAGAAUUCACCUGGCCUGUGUGUCUGUGCACGGGGGCUGUGCAGAAUGCAGUACCAAUACGCAGGACAGGCAAGGACUGAACCAGCAGGAUGGUCGAGGGAUAGCCGAGGUCAAAGGAUGCCAGAGGACAGGAACAACGAGGAGUAGCCGAAGUCAAGGGAUGCCAGAAGUCAGAAUAAACGAGUCAGGAAGCCGGGGUCAAUAAUGCGAAGCGAUGAAACAGGAACACUAGAACAAACAGGAUCAAAGACUUGACACUGAGCACAGGGCGAGGCUGGGUUUAUAUACCCUGCUGAUGACUGAUCAGAGUCAGGUGAAACACAGCCAAGUCAAGGUGCAGCCCCCAGAGUAGUAGCCAUGUCAGGAUGAACAGGACUGGAAUCAGUCUUCACUGUAAAUAGCUGCUGUGGCUCAGAGGUAGAAAGCAGGACCAGGACUGAGAAGAUCCCCGGUUCAAGUCCCCUGUUGGGAACUCCAAGAGCGACCACGUCUUGCCGUCUGUCUAUCAGGUGAGAACCGUGACAGGAAUAAAGUGUGGGAACUCACCCAAGAUCACCCCCCUGCCCCAAAAAAUAAUAAUAUAUGCAUAUAUAUGCAUAUAUAAACGCAUGCACACACAUACACUUAUACACAUACUCAUACACAGACACAUACACUCACACGCAGAUAUGCACUCACAGACACACACACACACUCAGACACAUACACACAUACACUCACAGACACACAUACUCAGACACACUCACAUACUCAGACACACUCAUAGACACGCACACUCACAGACACACACACAUACACUCACAGACACACACACACACACUGUGGUGGAACCAACCUCGCCACUGGCCACUGGAGGAGCCUGGUUGCCCGCCUACUGCCGCUGGACUAUGGCCCCAUGUUAAAAACCUUUUAUUUUCCCUGCAGAAAGGCUUAUUCAUGCCUUUCUGCCUGGGCGUUCGGUAGAUUGAAUCUACCGAACAAACCACCGACCGAUCGACCACCUGGGAACUGGAGUGUGCCGUCAAUUAACCGCAGCUUAAUCAACGAACACUGGGUGGCCUUUGUUCAUUUGCCAAACACGUGGCAGCGGCCAUUUUAAACUCCUGAACGGCCAGCGGUGUUCAGCUCCAAAUCUAUGGAACUCAAAACGGACACUAAUUUGCACGAACACCGCUGAGCCGCCGACUUCCCUUCUCCUGCAAAGAAACGAACACUGGUUCAUUCAGGACUUUCAUUAUGUGAACAAUGUUACCCCAGAUAGUUAUGCCAUGGAGCCCAUUCGUAUACUGGAAGACUGUAUGAAAGACUUUGGCUCCAUGGCAAUUGAACUGUAUGUAUGUGAUCUGAGCACCAUUUGGUAAUAAUGUGCGCUCAGAUCUAAGCUAUCUGAGGAUAUGUUGAAUGUAUAUGUUUUGUUCAAUAUUUGCAACAUUGUAUAUUUUUCUGUCUUUUUGGUAACAUGUGCUUAAUGGAGUUUUGCCUCUGUCCCUGGAGAUAAUUGGAUUACUUCCCAUUUAUCUCCAGGACAGAGAGGAGGGAUUGUGAUGCAUUGUGGGAUUGUUUAAAUGUGUAAGCUUGUGAUUGGUCCUUUUACCCUUUGUGUCCUAGUUUCCCAUCUGGUCCCCUAGGGGAGUGUCCACCAGGUGGAAGACCUGCAUAAAAGCGGGCAGGUAGCUCCAGUAAAUCAGUUCUGCUUGAUCCUCAAACGAAGUGUCGUCUCGUUCUUGGGGGGAAUUGGAUUGCAUGCUGAUACAGUGCGACUGCCAGGAGUGUAAGCUGUUUGUAUGUUUUUUCCUGUUCGGCUGUUUAACAGCAUUCGAGUGUUUCCUGUUCAGGAGUUGGAGGAUUUGUAUGGUUCCAGUUCAGGAGUUGGAGAAUUCGUGUGUUUGCAGUUCGGGAGAUUGGUGAUUGCAGUAGCAGCCUGUGCAUCUGAAAGGGGAAUAUCGCCUGUAACGGAACCACUGGCACCCUGACGGGUACCUUCCGUUGAUGGAUGCUCCUAGUGCUUUCCGAGUACUCCAAGCACUCCGCCAGACACCAUAACCACUGUAGACUCCCACUAACCGCCGCAGCUUGGUUGGGGUCUUGCCGUCUCCACCCACUCUGGACCCAAGACCAGGGUCCAGCGCUUCCAGUAGGUCAACUCCUCCGAAUUCCAGAGAGCAGGAACAGGAACAAGCUCUUAGCAGAGCUUAGUGAUUAUACCCUGGGGAGUAUAGUGAUUAUAGCAAUCCCCAGAGUGAAGUUCUCCAAUCCCCCAAACAUUAACCGAAACUUCAUGAAGGUUCAAGAUGAUCUGACUCCAAUGAGAGUUUAUUACUCCUUAUAUACAAUUUUCAGGCCAGAGGCACAACGACUGGACCGGGUGGUAAACUGUGACAAAAGGAACACAAACCAAUGGGAACACUAAUUAACAUAAUAACACUCCCACAUACACAAUGAAAUCCCUCCUCUCCAUCCUGGAGAUAAUUGGCUUAAGGGACUGCAGUAAACUCAAUUAUCUCCAGGUACAGAAAAUAUCUACAUUUUACACUAACAGCAAAAAUACAUAAAAGUACAUAAAAAUACAUAAUUCUUAUUAUAUUACACAGAACCCCCACAUUUAAUCUAUCCCCAGAUAGCUCAGAUCUGAGCGCCCAAUAUAGGUGAACAGCGCUCAGAUCCCACAAACAGAGUAAAUUUGCCAUGGGGUAAAGCAUAGCAAGGGCUGUUGAGAGACCAAGAAGGGACAAAAGCAGUCAGUUCCAACUGGUCUGGCAAUGUGCCUGGGACAACGCCCUUCUGAAGAACAAUAGACAGGAAAAGGGGGAGGGGAAGAGACACACCUUCCCAUGGAUUCAAAUGGGCAGAAACAGUCUUUAGAAGCCAAUAAGCCCCAAAUAGUCUUUUAAAAUGGCAAUACACCCCAGGGCAAUAGUCAUGAGGGAGGAGGCUGGCAAACAGGCUCCUCCAACAGCCGGGGGCAAAGGGCAGCUUGUCACCUAACAAUCCAGUGACAAAAGGCAUUUCGUCACAUCACCUAAACGUUUUUUAACCUCUUGUGUGCAACACACACUCACAGACACACACACACAUACUCAGACACACUCACAGAAACACACACAUACACUCACAGACACACUCACAGACACACACACACAUACACACACAGAAACAUACAAAUUAUUAUUUUUUAAAAUUUAAAAAGUCCACCCAGCCUCCCUACCUGGAGAGCUGGCAUGAACCUGUCCCUGGGGUCCAAUGGGGCUUCAGUGGGGCGGGCGGCUGUCUUCCUGUCAGACGCGGCGAGGGAGCUGUGUCCUCUCUGCUCUGCUCCCUCUCGCCGCACGGGCUGUCUUCUGAUGCCGGGAGCCGGAAUAUGACGUCAUAUUCUGCCUCCCGGCAUCAGCAAACGGCGCGCACGGCGAGAGGGAGCAGAGCAGAUAGGACGCAGCUCCCUCACCGCGUCAGAUAGCCACUUGCCGGGGGGGUCCAUCAGGUGGCCAUCAGACCACCUCUUGGGCCCCCCAUGACAGGGGGAACACAGGGGGCAUUUGGGGGUGGCAUUUUUUGCCACCCCCUGGGUUCCUGCAGGAGCAACGGGAACGGCGUUCCUGCUGUGAAAAAAGUGCAGGAACGCCAUUCCCACGUGUUCCUACAGGACUCGAGCCCUGAUUGCAAGGUUUUCGGUGCUUAUGUGUUUGUGGGUGGGAGCAUGGGCGUAGGAACCCCCAAAAAUCUGGGGGUGAUAGCAUUUUUACUCGCCAGGUAUAUUUUUAUUCCGUAAACUAGGAGUUGUUUAUCCCAUUGUACAGCGCUACGGAAUUUGCUGGCACUAUAUAAAUGAUAAAAUAAUAACAUUAAAGGGUCACUACAGGGAAGGGACGAAAUAGGAGGGUGCGAGCAGGGAGCAAUAAAACGCUUCUAUUCAGAAGCGUCAUUGCUCCCUGGUGUGCAUGCACAGCUUUGCCGCACAUGCGCAGAUACUUCAUUCAUGUCUCGACUAGGAAGCACCUCUAGUGGCCAUCUGAGUGUCCACUAGAGGUAUUCCUCAGCAGUAAUGUAAAUACUGCCUUGGCCUGCAAAGACAUGCUAUAGACACCAGAACUACUACGUUUAGCUGUUGUGGCUCUGGUGACUAUAGUGUCCCUUGAAUAAAGAGGGGAAAAAAGAAUCAUCACAAAUGUAAGAAAUAAAAUGUCUGUAUCAUUAUUCUAAAAAUUAUUUUAAAAAAAUAUGCACAUUCCUAGCUUAAUUUUUAGCACGACAUAUGACACAAACAUUUUGUAUUUUGCAGAUUACUUUUUAUAUUUUUUUAUACAUAUACAGAUUGUGUAAUACUGCCCCUGACUUAGGGUGACCACAUUUCCUAACUGCCAUUCAGUGACACUUUCAGAAGUGCAUUCCAUACAUUUUACUACCCGUCUCUACCCCUUCCAUUUAUAUUAGAACCCCACCUACCCUUUCCAUAAAUAUUAGAACCACCCCUACCCCUUCCAUGAAUAUUAGAACCACCCCUACCCUUUCCAUGCACAUAAGAACCUACCCCUUCCAUGCAUAUUAACCUCCCUUACCCCUUCCAUGCAUAUUAGUACCCCCUAACACCUUCCAUGCAUAUUAGAACCCACCCUACCCCUUCCAUUCAUAUUAGUACUCCCCUAACCCCUUACAAUUAUUUUUCUACCUACCCCUCUCCCCAUCCAUAUUAGUAGCCCCCCUAACCCCUUCCAAUUAUUUUUCUACCUCCUCCCAUCCAUAUUAGAAGCCCUCCUAAACCAUUCCAAUUAUUUUUCUACCUUCCACCUCCUCCCAUCCAUAUUAGUAACCCCCCUAAACCCUUACAAUUAUUUUUCUACCUACCCCUCUCCCCAUCCAUAUUAGUAGCCCCCCUAGCCCGUUCCAAUUAUUUUUCUACCUACCCCUCUCCCCAUCCAUAUUAGUAGCCCCCCUAACCCCUUCCAAUUAUUUUUCUACCUACCCCUCUCCCCAUCCAUAUUAGUAGCCCCCCUAACCCCUUCCAAUUAUUUUUCUACCUCCUCCCAUCCAUAUUAGAAGCCCUCCUAAACCAUUCCAAUUAUUUUUCUACCUUCCCCCUCCUCCCAUCCAUAUUAGUAGACCCCCUAACCCCUUCCAAUUAUUUUUCUUCCUCCCCCUUCCUCCCAUUCAUAUUAGAAGCCCCCCUAACCGCUUACAUUCAUUUUUCUACCUUCCCCCUUCUUUAAACCUUCCAUUAAUUAACACUAAAAAUGCUCAGGCAGCUGUUUUUUUUUCUUUUCAGAGGUGACCGGCUUUGCUCUCCCCCCUACAAACUGUUGUCCCCCCCCCCUUUUACCUGACAUAGCAGGGGGACCUCUGGACGUCCGGCGGACGCAGUGUCAGACUGAGCACCGGGUAGUCACGUGACACCCGGCGCUCCUGCGCGGAGGGGGAGGUGCUCCCCUUCCCAGUCUGCAGUGCGUGCGGUUCCCUGAUGGAGCCACCUGCAGCCAGCGGAGUUGGGGGGAUUUCUCUAUAACCUUUCCUCCCCCCGCAUGAUUUGCUGGGAGGGAUGCGUCCUCCCCAUUCCCCCCCGGUUCCUACGCCCAUGGGUGGGAGUUUUCUCUAAUUAUCUGGUACCCCUGUCUGGAGAGGACACAACAGGGGGGAAAUAUCAUUAACUAUGAUCAUCUUAACUCUAAUUAGCCUAGACACACUGGCACCAGGGAAGGAACUUGUGAUUGUUCUAGUAAUCACCCCUUGCAGAUUUAAUACACAUCCAACCCUGAAUAAAAAUGUGUUUGUUUUACCCUCCCUAAAUCUUGACUAGUGUAUGGGGAUAGAGGCUUUACUCACUGCUGUGCUGAUCCCAGGGUGGCUGAACUGAAGGAGGGAGACAAAGUGGCGGAGAGACCCUACUCUGGUCCAGAGCUCUGUUAAAGAAAGCAUCCAAAGUGAGGCAAAUAGUGAAAUCAAAGCAAACAACAAUUACUAAAUAGCAAAGAAACUAAUAAAAUUUGAAGUUUUAAAUGAUCACUAUAGUGUCAGGAAAACAAACUUGUUUUCCUGACACUAUACAACUCUUAGGUUCCCCCACCCUCGUGGCCCCCAUCCCUUCGCGCUAAAGGGGUUAAAACGGGAUCCCUCGGUGCUGGUGGCCUCUCCUCUCACUCCUACGUCGGCUCCCGAGUGGAGUGGAAUGCGCAUGCACGGCAAGAGCCGUGCGCGCAUUCAAACAGUCCAUAGGAAAUCAUUUCUCAAUGCUUUCCUCUGGACGUUCUGCACACUGCAUCGAGAAGCGCCUCUAGCGGCUGUCAGGAAGAGGCUGGAUUAACCCUGCAAUGUAAACAUAGCAGUUUCUCUGAAACUGCUAUGUUUACAUGUGAAGGGUUAAAACCUGGGGGACCUGGCACCCAAACCACUUCAUUGAGUCUGCGUGACUCUAGUGUCCCUUUAAAACACCAGGGAAUCAAAUUAAGGGAAAACAACUUUAGCGCUUUGAAAAGAGCAUAAAAUUCCAUCUAUAUAUUGUGCUAGCAGUGAAGCCAGCAUGUCGGCAUCACUGAGGAAGUUUGGCCUGCUUGGUGAAGUGUCCUCAAGCAGGUCAAAUCAGUGAUUGUCGCAGGAGGAGCACGGGCAGAGGAGGAGUAGGCGUAUUCCAUGUGAUCGCGUCUGAGUAAUGGAAGCCAAGGUUAGUGACUGAAGGUUCCAUUUAAAUCUUGCUUGUUUUCUUCUUAUCUUGCUAUGGAUGAAAUAGGCUAAAUAGCUGUAGGAUCAGCAUACUAAAAAGGUAUACUAAAAUGUACACACUAUCUUCUUGAUGGACAAGCUGUUAUUAAUCCGUAAAUGUAAUAUUAUAGCCCUGAAACUACUGAUUUGCCAAAUACAUUACUGCAGAGUUGAUAAAAACAUUAGUCGUUACCCAUUGGCUGGGUUGGUUCUAAUAAACGGAAUCUGAUGGCGCUAUAUAAAUAAUAAAAAAAUGACAUCGGUAAAUAAAAUGCACAUUACAAGGCUCACAGUUUUCCCAAAAUGACAGAACUAACAGACUGUUUGAGGAUCAAAGAAGAAAAACAAACAUGCCUCUUGCCUGUAUUAAGAAACAUUAGGGUGCAGUGAGGUAACAGAACCUUUAGAGUUCUAUCAUUAGGCUAAAGCACAAUGUGUUUCUUCCAACUUAAUAGCACCUCAAAAUGGUUCCUACUCUCACAUUAGCAGAAGAUUAAUGAGGGAUUUCACUUUCCGGCAAAUUAUAUUCUCCAAGGUAAACACACAGCAUUUAAGAAUUCAGUCAACUCAGAAACAUAUUACAAAUUCAGCCCUUUACAGACCAUGAGCCUCUCCAUAUGUCCCACUUCAUGAAUUUUAUAUCCUAAUGCACAGCAAAUAUCUCAAACACUAGGGAGGUGGUCACAGUGAUUCUAUCUCAGCACUCUCUAAAUACAUCCAGUAUUAUGUGCACUUGGCAAAAAGACUAUCAUACAAGUCUAGUGAUCAGUUUCACACAGCUUGACACAGACACAUUAUGAAGUGGUCUGCUUCCAAGCAAUGCCUGGCAUCGUGCCCUAAUGUGGAACUGGGCAAACUUAUUCAGCUGAUCUAUUAAAAAUAUUGAUUUGAUAUAAUGAGGAAAUGCUGAUGUAUCCUCACGUUGGGUAAGAUAAAAGCUUAAAUAACAUGGCUGCCUAUAUAAAAAGACGGCCUACGUUAUUUUUUUAAGAUAAUUAGAAAUAGUCCUAUCCAUGUGCUGAUUAUUUUUAUCUGUUCAGCGGGUCCUUUUUUUUACAUACAAAUAGUGAAUUAAAUAUUGCUGCAUAGGUUCUUUGUAAAGAUAAAAACAGAUAGGUAAUGAGAAACAUCCAAGGGGCUGGCAAAUGUUGGCCUAGGGUAAGUGCAAAUUAUAUAUUUUUUUAACACACAGAUCUCAGUGUGGCUGGACAUUUUCACGUAGAGAAUGGUAUAUAUUGGUUUGGUAGACCGAGGCUGCUGGAGCUGUAGUGUAUGCAAGCAAAUACCCAUCAGUAUUAACUGUAAAGCGUUGGAAAGCAUUCACAGAUAUCUGUGAGCAUCUAUGAGAAAAAGACUUAAAAGUCCACUCUGGGCACCAUAACAACAUCAUGAAAAUUAAGUUGUUAUGGUACCAGAAGGUCCCUGGCACUGUCUUGCCCUAAGGGGUUAAUCUCUUCAAGAUCAGUGAAUCCCCACUCAUCAAACUGGCUUGAAAAAAAACUUGUGAAUGGGGAAUCUUUCUGUGAAGUAGUUAUGGUGCCUAAACUGUCCCUUCAACUGCCUCCAAAGACAAACUGUUUAAAUGUCAUGAGCACUCAACUCACUCUGUCAUUUGUAAACACCUCCAGGGACAUCAUAUAUUUUCAUCAUGGUCUGGAAGCCAGGUCAACCUCAGACACUGGAAUAUACCACAAUGGACAAACAUGGAGAACAUUGGAAUUCCGGUUUAUCAGACCAUGAACAAAUAAAGACAUUGCUGGGCUAGCAUUGGUCCACCACAAUUCCUUCCCUGCUACCAACACACUUCAAGCUGGUUUUAAUAAGCAGAAGAACUGUGUAGUUGUGACCUACUGUCCCUGUCCCCCUUGCCAACCCUCUCAUGGAAGCAUUUAGUAUUAGUAGGGAAAGUAUUUGAAUACCACAAUGUAUUUUAAAGAAAAAGAAAAAAACACUGAUCCAAAACUCUGUCAGGGUUAUUGAUGAAACUCAGAAUUUUUGUAUGAAAUACGAGGCAAAAAGAGCUAAAGGUAGUAAGACAUUCAAAUUAUUACCGGUAGUUAAUUUUAUGUUAGUUUUCUUCUAAUAUUCGAGAGUUAAAAUAUAUGGGCGUCUCUUAAAAACAUACGGUAGUUCGUUCGCCCCAUUAUUAUUAUUAGUUUAUUAUUUAUAUAGAGCCAGCAAAUUCUGUAGCGCUGUACAUUCUCACGCGAGAUGCAUAUAAAAUGCUUGUUCGUUCUCAUGUUGUUUCCAGAAUGAUUAUUAUAUCGAUCUGCUUUCUGGAGUGAAAAACAAACAGAUUGCUCCUCUACAGUCCAUAAUGAACGCCAGACUCAUCUACCUUACAUCAAGGAAUUCACAUACCGGUACCUUGCCCCUGUCAGUCUCUACACUGGCUUCCUGUUUCAUUUAUGAGUUGGUUCAAACUUCUUGCCCUUAGUUACAAACUUCUUGUUUUUAGUUACAAACCUCUCCAUUACUGUGCCCCUGCUUAUGUCUAAUCCCUAAAUGCUCCACCCUGGCCUCUUCAUUAAGCCACAACCUGUUGUAGUCCUGUCCUUCAACCUAGACUCUUUCCUGAAGGACUUCUCCAGGGUUACCCCCUUUUAUAGAAUGCCCUAUCGCGGGACAUCCUACUGUCACGGUCUCUGCAGACCUUCUAAAAAUCCAUAAAAACAUACUAUUUUAAAGAAGCCUAUCAGCAUUCACCUUAACUCAUCAACUCCUACAACCUUCCUAGUUAUAGAGGUUAAAUCCUAGUUGCCAGCUGUCCUGUUUUUGCAAUUUACUCUCCCGGGAUAGUCCAGGCAACUUGCAGGGCCAUGUGCUUUUAUUAUGUUCCCUCGGACUGUAACAGCCUGUUACAGUCCGAGGGAAUUCAGGAGAGAGUUACUGGGAGGUGCUGAGGGCUGGAGAGAGGUGCUGGGGGCUGCAUUGAGGCUGCUGGGGGCUGGAGGGAGCACUGAGUCUCCCUAACGAAUUCCCAGCAGCUUCCCCAGCACACAGGCUUCUGAUCUGCCUCGCGGAUGCAGGCUCCUCCCCCACAAUGCAAGCACCACCCACGUAUGGAAGUCAUGCCUCCCAUCUGAAAGCUCCACCCCCGCUAAGCAGCAGACCUUGUUGCAGGAGGAAGAGGCCCAAGAUGGCUACCUCACCUCCCAGCAACAGCCUCCAGUGCCAGGUAGGCUUGAUAUACUCAGUCUUGUGUGUAUGUGUGUGUGUGUGUCUGCUAGUGAGAAAGCUUGUGUGUGUGUCAGGGAGCUUGUUUGUAGUGAGCUUGUGUGUGUGUGUGUGUGUGUCAGGGAGCUUGUCUGUAGUGAGCUUGUGUGUGUGUCAGUGAGCUUGUCUGUAGUGAGCUUGUGUGUGUGUCAGUAAGCUUGUCUAUAGUGAGCUUGUGUGUGUGUUAGUGAGCUUGUCUGUAGUGGGCUUGUGUGUAUGUGUCAGUGAGCUUGUCUGUGGUGAGCUUGUGUGUAUCAGUGAGCUUGUAUUUAGUGAUCUUGUGUGCAGGGUCAUCUUUCCGCAUGGCCACGCUGGGCAGUUGCCUGGGGGCUCCACAAGCAUGGGGGCCCCACCGGGAUGCCCAUGUGCCCAUGGCGACAGAGAAGCUUUCUUGCUGUGGGCCCUCUCGGGCCAGUGAGGAGAUCAAAGAACACCCUCAUUGGCCCAAAGGACCUUUGUUAGUGACAGUGAGAAUGGGAGGACCUGGGAGGCAGAGCGCUCCUCCCGUGAGCAUGGUGUGCCAUGGCAACGCUGAGACACAGCAUUCUGCUCGGGGGUCGAGUGAAGACAGAGGAGCUGCAGGCUAUAGGCAUCUCACCACCACUGGACCACCAUGGCACAGCACCCGUCACACACACACACACUGCACCCCAGACACAAAGCACCUAUCACACACAGCACCCUCACACACACACACAGCACUUCUUACACACAUACACAGCACCUCUGACACACACUCAGCAGACACACACAGUACCCGUCACACAUUGCACCCCUUACACACACUGAACCCCUCACACACAGCACCCCUCACACACACUCAGCAUCCCUCACAUACCGCUCCCCUGACACAAAGCAUCCUUCACACACACAGCACCCUAACACACACACAUAGCACCCCUCACAUACACCUACACACACACACAGCACCCCUAUGAACAAACAGCAUCUCUCACACACACACAGCCCUCCCUCCACACACACACACACAGCACCCCUACACACAAACACAUACACUGCAUCCCUCACUGCAGUAUGUGUGUAUUCAGCAGUCUGGGUGUAUUCAGCAGUGUGUGUAUGUAUUCAGCAGUCUUUAUGUAUUCUGCAGUCUGUAUGUAUUCAGCAGUCUUUGUGUGUGUGUAUAAAGAAGCCUGUUUGUAUUCAGCAGUUUAUCUGUGUGUAUUCAGCAGUCUGUCUGUGUAUAUUCAGCAGUCUGUGUGUGUGUAUUCAGCAGUCUGUGUGUGUGUAUCAGCAGUCUGUGUGUGUGUGUAUCAGCAGUCUGUAUGUCUAUUCAGCAGUCUGUAUGUAUUCAGCAAAAUGUGUGCAUUCAGCAGUCUGUAUGUAUUCAGCAUUCUGUGUGUAUUCAGCAGUCUGUGCGUUUGUGUAUUCAGCAGUCUGUGUGUGUGUGUGUGGGCGUAUUCAGUGUACUGUGUGUACUCAGCAGCCCGUGUGUGUACUCAGCACUCUGUCUGUGUGUACUCAGCAGUCUGUGUGUACUCAGCAGUCUCUCUGUGUGUGUAUUCAGCAGUCUGUGUGUGUGUAUUCAGCAGUCUGUGUGCAUUCAGCAGUCUGUGUAUGUAUUCAGCAUUCUGUGUGUAUUUAGCAGUCUGUGCAUGUGUGUAUUCAGCAGUCUCUAUGUGUGUUUGUGUGUGUGUAUUCAGCAGUCUGUGUCUGUGUGUGUAUAUUCAGUGUACUGUGUGUAUGUAUUCAGUUGUCUGUCUAUGUGUACUCAGCAGUCUGUCUGUGUGUAUUCAGCAGUCUGUGUGUGUGUGUAUAUUCAGCAGUCUGUAUGUCUUGUGUGUGUCACUGAGCUUGUCUGUAGUGAGCCUUGUGUGUCUAUACAAGUGAGUUUGUCUGUAGUAAGCUCUUGUGUGAGUUAGAGAGUUUUGUCUGUCAGUGAGUUUGUGUUUUGUGUCAGUGAGCUUGUCUGUCUUUGAGCCAGUGUAUCAGUGAGCUUGUAAGGCUGGCUUAUAGGGCUGGCAUACAUUUUUUUCCAGGGCUGCUUUGUAUUCCCAGUCUGGCCCUGCCAGCGAGUGCGCUUUACCACCAAAUCACCUGUGUGAGCUGCACACACUUAAGCCUGCAUUGCCAAGCCCUGUUACAGGCAUCUGGGAGCUGCGGUUUACAGGUACUAGUAGUCUAGAGAUUGGGACAUGGUGUAUAUGCUCAGCUAUCUGGAUAAUACAGAUCUGUGUGUUUAAUAUCGUGGGACAGUUAGUGCUCCCUGUAUAGUGCUGCUCUCUGUAAAGUACAGGUCUCUGUAUAAUACAAGUUUGUGUGUAUAUUAUCCCAGGACAGACAAUACUCCCUGUAUAGUGCUACUCUCUGUAUAAUACAGGUCUGUGUAUAAUAUCCCAAGACAGUCAGUGCUCCCUGUAUAGUGCUGCCCUCUGUAUAAUACAGGCUUGUAUAAUACAGGCUUGUGUAUAAUAUCCCAGGACAGUCAGUGCUCCCUGUGUAAUACAGGUAUAUGUGUAUAAUAUCCUGAGACAGUCAGUGCUCCCUGUAUAGUGCUGCUAUCUGUAUAAUAUAGGUCUAUGUAUAAUAUUCUGGGACAGUCAGUGCUCCCUGUAUAGUGCUGCUCUCUGUAUAGUACAGGUCUGUGUGUAUAAUAUUCCAGGACAGUCAGUGCUCCCUGUGUAAUACAGGUCUGUGUGUAUAAUAUCCUGGGACAGUCAGUGCUCCCUUUAUAGUGCUGUUCUCUGUAUAGUACAGGUCUAUGUGUAUAGUAUCCUGAGACAGUCAGUGCUCCCUGUAUAGUGCUGCUCUCUGUAUAAUAUAGGUCUGUGUGUAUAAUAUCCUGAGACAGUCAGUACUCCCUGUAUAGUGCUGCUCUCUGUAUAAUAUAGGUCUGUGUAUAAUAUCCUGGGACAGUCAGUGCUCCCUGUAUAGUGCUGCUCUCUGUAUAAUAUAGGUAUGUGUGUAUAAUAUCCUGAGACAGUCAGUGCUCCCUGUAUAGUGCUGCUCUCUGUAUAAUAUAGGUCUGUGUGUAUAAUAUCCUGGGACAGUCAGUGCUCCCUUUAUAGUGCUGUUCUCUGUAUAGUGCUGCUCUCUGUAUAAUACACAUAUAAAACCCGCAAACUCCUGGAACUAGAAGAAUCAGGAGCAGUGGAGUGGUGACUGAAGCCUCAAUCUGAGACAUUUAACAUGUUGAAUUGGUGGCAUGAAAAAAAGGUAAUAGAGUAUGUGCAUUGGUUUAAUUUUGCUACCAUCUCUCUCAUUAAUUAACUUCUGUAAAUUUUCCUUCUAUAUCAUUCAUUUCCUAUUUUCAGCUUGUUGUUUUACUAUAUUCACUCCUCAAUAUAAUUAUUUUUGUGAACUAAUGUAUGUUAUUGUAUAGACAUAGCUCUCUGACUGAAGCAAUGACAGUGUUACCACUGAUACCCAACUCACCUAAAAGUGAUCAAAUGUACCUGCAUGAUAUAAAUGCUGUGCUGAGAAUGUAUCUAUCGCACACCAAGUAUGUAUGGUACUGUUGGUGGGAACUUGGUAUUAUAAAGGUCUACUCAGUAAUAAAGAGAGAAUUGCAGGGAAUUGAGAUGAGAAUUUCAAACUUUAGGCUGAAAUAGUGCAGCAGAAUGGGAUAAUUUUUUCAACUCGGCUACUUUGGCCUUAAAGGGACACUGUAGUCAACUUUAGCUUAACCCCUUAAGGACCAAACUAAUGGAAUAAAAGGGAAUCAUGACAUGUCACACAUGUCAUGUGUCCUUAAGGGGUUAAUGAAGCUGUUUUGGUGUAUAGAUCAUGCUCCUGUAGAAUUACUGCUCAAUUCUCUGCCAUUUAGAAGUUAAAUCACUUUGUUUAUGCAGCCCUAGUCACACCUCUCUGCAUAUGACUUAUGCAGCCUUCUUAAACAGUUCAUGUGAAGAGUCCUCUAAUGUUUCCACUUCUUUUAUUGCAAAUUCUGUGUUAUAGAGAAUUCCUUAUCUGCUCUAUUAAUAGUUUGCUAGACCUUGCAGGAGCCACCUGUAUGUAAUUAAAGUUCAAUUUACAGAGCAGGAGAUAGAAACUUUUAAUGUAAGUAACAUCUGAUUGAAAGUGAAACUAUUUUUUUUUAAAGGAAGGCAGUGUCAGUCACAUUCGGUGAAGGUGUGACCACUGUAUAAACAGAAACAAAAGUGAUUUAACUCUUAAAUGGCCGAGAAUUGAGCAGUGAGACUGCAGGAGCAUGAUCUAUACUCCAAAACUGCUUGAUUAAGCUAAAGUUAUUUUGGUGACUAUAGUGUUCCUUUAAUUUUUAAAUUACCAUCUCAAUUCCCUGUAAUUCUAUCAUUAUUGAGUAGACCCUGUAAUCUGCACUAUAAAUCGGUGGAGAUUAAUUAUGUGGGUUGGACAGAGUGGGCAGUGCUUUGCGGCAGUGGGUAUGGUACAUUUUCAAGGUAGUAAUUGAUAGCUGUGCAGCAAAGUGUCCCUGGAUAUUUUUUUCAAACUAUUUAUAAAUUUUAUUAAAAUAAAGCAUUUUACUUAUCUUUUUCCUGGCUACCCUCUAUGGCAGCUUCUAAGAUAAACAAUACAUUAAAAUGCACGCCUCCUGUUUAAAAUGCAUGUUAAAAAAAAUUACAACACAAUAUAAAGCACAAUAUAAGAGCCAAAACUUUGUUUUAUUUCUUAUUCUUGUGAUUUAUGUUUGUAUCCAAGCUCCCUGCAAACCAUGUCUACAACUACACUCUGCCUAGUUUUGGAGCUAUGCACAUACAGCCGCUGUAUCUUUAAUAAAGUUUCACAGAUUUGAAUAUGUUUCUUCCUCCCGCAAGGGCUCGCUGGGAGAUGUAGUUCUCAAUUUGCAUCCGUCUCUUCCCGAUGUUUGGGAGCGGCUGAAGAGCAGUGUGUGCGGUGUCUGAUCCCGGUGACAACGUUCCGGUGAGUUGUGUUAUUCUUCGCUCCGGGUCAGGAUCUCGUGGAGGGCAGUGCACAGCGACCGUGCAGGAAGCAGCCAUAUUGUGAGCAAUGUACACAGUGUAUGACAGCACAGGCCUGGGACAUGAACACAGCAACACCAGGGCUGGUCAGGGUCUGGGUAAUAACAACACCAGCAUUUAUAUACAGCCAGGGUCUGGAUAAUAAUAACACCAGCAUUUAUAUACAGUCAGGGUGUGGAUAAUAACACCAGCAUUUAUAUAGUCAGGGUCCGGAUAAUAACACCAGCAUUUAUAUAGCCAGGGUCUGGGUAAUAACAACACCAGCAUUUAUAUACAGCCAGGGUCUGGAUAAUAAUAACACCAGCAUUUAUAUACAGCCAGGGUCUGGAUAAUAACAACACCAGCAUUUAUAUACAGUCAGGGUGUGGAUAAUAAUAACACCAGCAUUUAUAUAGUCAGGGUCCGGAUAAUAACAACACCAGCAUUUAUAUACAGCCAGGGUCUGGAUAAUAAUAACACCAGCAUUUAUAUAGUCAGGGUCCGGAUAAUAACAACACCAGCAUUUAUAUACAGCCAGGGUCUGGGUAAUAACACCAGCAUUUAUAUACAGCCAGGGUGUGGAUAAUAACAACACCAGCAUUUAUAUACAGUCAGGGUGUGGAUAAUAACAACACCAGCAUUUAUAUACAGUCAGGGUGUGGAUAAUAACAACACCAGCAUUUAUAUACAGUCAGGGUCUGGAUAACAACACUAGCAUUUAUAUACAGUCAAGGUGUGAAUAAUAACACCAGCAUUUAUAUACAGUCAGGGUCUGGAUAACAACACUAGCAUUUAUAUACAGUCAGGGUGUGAAUAAUAACACCAGCAUUUAUAUACAGUCAGGGUCUGGAUAAUAACACCAGUAUUUAUAUACAGUCAGGGUCUGGAUAAUAACACCAGCUUUUAUAUACAGUCAGGGUGUGAAUAAGAACACCAGCAUUUAUAUACAGUCAGGGUGUGAAUAAUAACACCAGCAUUUAUAUACAGUCAGGGUGUGAAUAAGAACACCAGCAUGUACACACAGUCAGGUUGUGAAUAAUAACACCAGCAUUUAUAUACAGUCAGGGUGUGAAAAAUAACACCAGCAUUUAUAUACAGUCAGGGUGUGAAUAAUAACACCAUCAUUUAUAUACAGUCAGGGUGGGAAUAAUAACACCAGCAUAUAUAUACAGUCAGAGUCUGACCAUUAACAUUUGUAUACGGUCAGGGUCUGAAAAACAAAACCAUUAUUUAUAUACAGUCAGGUUGUGAAUAACACCAUCAUUUAUAUACAGUCAGUGUCUGAAUAACAUCAUCAUCAUUAAUAUACACUGCAUAAUAAUUCAAAGCAGGUCCCUUUAUAAUCUUGGAGCUCAAUCUUAAAUUUAAAAAGUGCAAACCCUGGCCUUCAUUACUGUUUUAAAAGGAAGUCUGCAGAAUUUCACAUUUUUGGCCCAAAUUUUCACAUUUGAAAAAUGAUCUCAGUCACCUCCUGUUGUAAGUUAAAGGACCACUAUAGGGUCAGGAACACAAACAUGUAUUCCUGACCCUAUAUUGUUAACACCACCAUUUAGCCCCUCAUGCCUCCAUAAAUAUAGUAAAAAUCUUACUGCAUUCAAGCCUGAAGCUGUAGAUCUGUAUGCUGUUAGACUCAGAAAAACAAGCAGUCUGCUGACAUCAUCAGAAGUGGUGGCCUGAUCCAAUCACAAUGCUUCCCUGUAGGAUUGGCUGAGACUGACAAAGAGGCAGAUUAGGGGCAGAGCCAGCAUGAUUCAAACACAGCCCUGGACAUAGAGAUGAAUUGAAUCAAUGAAUCUCUGUGAGGAAAGUUGUGUCUGCAUGCAGAGGGAGGAGACACUGAAAGUUUGGAUGCAUUUUAGGCAGCCAUGACCCAGGAAGGAUCUCUAACAGCCAUCUGAGGAGUGGCCAGUGAAGUUAUCACUAGGCUGUGAUGUAAACACUGCAUUACAGCAAAAAGCCUGAAGGCAAUGAUUAUACUCACCAGAACAAAUUCAAUAAGUGGUAGUUGUUCUGGUGACUAUAGUGUCCCUUUAAGCUUUUUUGGCCUAGAAUUAUUUUUUUUUUGUUUUGUUAAAUUCUUUAUUUUUACUUUGACAGACGAUAUAUGUAUUAUGUAACAAUACUAGUGGGACAUAAACAAAAGCUAAUUUCAUAUGUUUUCGACAUUAUUAUCACAUCUCAUACUUUUUGCCUCCAUGCUCAAACCUUGAAAUGCAUUUUUUGUAUUGCUGAGAAAUAACACUUUAGACUCAGAGAAUAACCGUUUGGGUUUAUUCGCUAAACAGUGAAUUGAAAACUGAAUUGCAAAAUUUAGAAUAAAAUAGCCAUGCUGUGAUAUAUAUUUAUAUCAGGGUUAUUCACUAAACUUCAGAUUGGGAGAAAAUCUAAAUUCUGUUGGUUGUACUCUUUCAGUUGAUCUAAUAAAAGUGAUAGGGAAAAAAAAUGUAACAAUCGAGGGAAAAAUAGACGGUCUUGACAAAUUUUCAACUCUGCUAUAGAUACAGCUUCACUAUUCUUUCUUUAAGUUUGCAAUUCGGAUUUUAUUUUCGUACAAUUUGGAGUUUAGUGAAUAACCCAGAAUAGCUGGUUUGAAGUCAAUUGCAGUAUCCACUGGUGUAAAAAUGACUUUUAAUAAGGUAUUUACUAGACCUGAAACUGUGCAGAUUUUUUCCACUUAUGCCUAAAAUACUCUGUGUUUUAUUGUAAAUUUACAAAUAUGUUUUAAAAUAAAUAUACAGAAUAGAGAUGAAGGAUUUACAGGUUAACAUUUUGCAUGUAUGAUAUAUGAUUAGUUAGCAGAUGCUUGAGUAGUACCCACACAUUCAGAUUCAAGUAUAGAAUGUAAGCUCGUUUUAAGCAGGGUCUUCUUCAACCUAUCGUUUCUGUAAAAUUUCUUGUAAUUGUCCUAUUUAUAGUUAAAUCUCCUCCCCCUUAUGAUAUUGUAAAGCGCUACGGAAUCUGUUGGUGCAUUAUAAAUGGCAAUAAUAAUAAGUACAUUGUUAUGCAUAGAGACUUUUACCAACUUUUCCUAAGUCUAGAUCAAUUGUUGAAUGCAUGUUAAAGUGAUUAACAUUCCAGUGUAUAAAAAUAAAAGGUUCAGCAAAAAAAAAAAAAACAGAAUGAAUUGCGGUAAUUUUACAAGAAGAGAAAGUAUAGGAAUCCCACUGGCAUCAGAAUUUGGCUCACAACCCCAUCCCAAUAUACCUGUCUCCUAUCAUGUUUGUAGAGGGUAAGCUUUAAACAGGACCAUUCACUGCUGCUGUAGUAUUAUUUAUGUUUAUCUGUUACCUCCCACUUUCGUUUACCCUCCUUGCUGAGACAUAUACGUGUUUUUUACAAUUCAUAGGUAUUGCAGUAUCCUAACAUUUCUCUCCAUCUUUUGGUUGACUAGUGCAUGGUCAUGUGUUAGAUAUCGUAAGAUCACUCUUGAAGGAUUGUGGGUGAAAUCAGAUGCGGGCAUAUUUAUGUAUAAAUUGCACAGAUUCCCUUGCGUUAUUAAGAUCUUCAGAGACUUUAGCACUUAGAGUAAACAUAACUGAUCAGCAUCACAGUCUUACAAAGAGUUUUGCAUCCUCUGUUUUGUAGACAGCAGCUGAUGGUGUGGAAGUAGAGCUCAAAAGAUGACUGCCAUCAAACAUGCCCUGCAAAGGGAUAUCUUUACCCCAAAUGAUGAACGGCUGUUAAGCAUUGUGAAUGUGUGCAAGGCUGGAAAGAAGAAGAAAAACUGCUUUUUAUGUGCCACUGGUAAGUCACAAUAUUAAAGUACCUCAAUGAAAUGGUAUUUUUCACCCUGCAUUGUAAAACAUUGCAGUUUUGUAGAAAUUGUAAUGUUUACACUGCAGGGUUAAACACACCUGUUUCAGGCAGCCACUAGAAGCACUUUGUCUACAACGACUGAGUAAAACUUGGUCACGUGGCAUUGCAGCUCAUAGGAAAGCAUUGGAUUCAGUGCUUUCCUAUGAUAAAUAUUUAGAUAUGCAUGACGCUCGCUGACCAUUGGGAAAGAGCAGGGUGACAUCACAGGAGAAGGUGUGGGCGACAGCGCCAUGGAAGUCUCAACGCUGGAGAAAAGGUAAGUGAAAACGGGAGUUGGUGAACCUAAAAUUUGUCUGGCAUUUGGACACUAUAGCAUUAGGAAUAAGAUUUGAAUGUACUGUUUAUUUAAAUGUAAGUAGACACCUGCAAAUUGAACAUCUUGUUUCAAAAUAAUGGGUAUUAAUAUGGUGUUGGUUUUCACUUUGCUGCUAUAAUGAAGUGUAUUGUUCUGUGGAAUCCUUACACUACAUGUUGGCAUGUUGCUGCAUGGCUUCCUUCUAUUAAACCACAAGAUAAUUAGUGAGGUUGGCACCUGAUUUUGGCAAAUUAGCCUUGGCUCACAGCUGGACUUUUAGUGCAUCCAAGGUGUUUCACAGGGUUAAAGUCAUGGCUAUUUUGUCCAUAAACUAACAUGGACCCAGUAAAUAAAUAAAUGAAUGAAAACUAGAAAUUUAAAAACUAAAAUUGGUAUUUCUGUUAUUUUACGUUAUAAUUUCUUGGCAAAAAUAUUAUGUAAAAAAUCAGGAGUAAUUUGCUUCAUGAUUUUUUUUCCUUGAGUGCAACUUAAAGGGACACUAUAGGCACCAAAACAGUCCCUACUCUGUUAAUGGCCUUCUAGACCAUGCAGAAGCCUCCUGUGUGCAAGUUCAAUUUAGAGAUAAAAAUUUCUAAAGAAAGUUUUAAAGAUCUGAUUGCAAACAUUUAACACCUACAGGGUAGGCGUGGCUAGGGCUGCAGAAAAAGAAACAAGUGAUCAAGUGAUUUCAUUCCUAAAUGGCAGAUAAUUGAGCAGUGAGACUGUAGAGGCAUGAACUGUACACCAAAACUGCUUCAUUUAACUAAAGCUGUGUUGAUGACUAUAGUAGCUCUUUAAGGCAAACGUGUCAAACUCAAAGUCUAGCACAGGCCACAUAAACAAGGUUUAGGUUUAUGUUGUCCUAAUGUUUCAAACACCCCACCUCCAAUAGUCUGUAAGCUCGUUUGAGCAGGGUCCUCUUCAACCUAUUGUUCCUGUAAGUUUUCUUGUAAUUGUCCUAUUUAUUGUUACACCCCCCCUCUCAAAAUAUUGUAAAGCGCUACGGAAUCCAUUGGCGCUAUAUAAAUGGCAAUAAUAAUAAUAAUAAUAAUAAUGUAAAAAAAAAAAAAGAACAUGCACCUCCAGGUACUCCACUGUCCAGUUGCAGCCAAUGCAACACUGACCAACACACACACAGACACUGACAGACACACACAUACUCACUGAGAGACACAGACACACACCGACACUGACAGACAGACACAAACUUACAGACACACUCACUAGGACACUCACUGACCGACACACACACACUCUCACAGACACAUAUUUACACAUUCUGUCCCACACAUCAUUUUCUUUAUUGCUUCCUACCUUUGGGAGCUGAUGUAGGGCCUCUCCCUGGGGUCCAGUGGGGAUCUUCUAUCUGCUCCUUACUGCUCCCUCGCGCGCAGUUUAGUGAUGCUGGGUGCUGGAAUAUGACGUUAUAUUCCGGCGCUCGGCUUCACUAUAGACGGCGUGCGUGACGGAGAAGUGAGGAGCAGAAACACUGAGCUCCCUCGCUGGCCCUCCUCCCCAGCCGGGUAAGUUUUAGCAGAGUGGGCACCUGCAAUGUGGGGAAAGCAGGUGCCUACUCUGCUAUAACACUAAGCAUGUACUCGAGGCUUGCCGGGCCGCAAAGAUGUCUAUUGUUGCCUGCGAGUAUGACAUGCUUGCUUUAAGGCAUCUAAAUUACAUUUUUGAAGUUGUGAUUUCCCCUUGAGUUAUUUUACUUUCUCAAUGAAAACAUUAUUAAUUAAUGUAAGGCUUUGGAUUCGCCACAUCCUUUGCUAAGUUGUGUAUUUGUGAUCUUGAUCCACGUUUCGUGCCAUUAGACACUGUAAAAAAUAACAUCAUUUGUUUGGGUAUGGAUUCUCACGUCCCAUUGCGAUGUUCCCAAUUAACUUUUUAUGAAUCGGAUUUUUAUCAGGUUAUUAUAACAUACAUGUUCUCUCUUUACAGUAACAACAGAACGUCCUGUGCGUGUGAACGUGGUGAAAGUGAAAAAAUCUGACAAAGGAGAUUUCUAUAAAACACAGACUGUCUGGUUGCUUAAAGACCUUGCUGUAGUGGAUGCCAAAGAUGCUGUCAAAGUAAGGUUCAUGUUAAAUGAUUUUAUUUAUUUUUUUAGGGUAAAUGAAACUUAAUGUAUUACUAUGUGGUAUGGUAGUAUAUAUAAAGCACAUAUAGGGCAAGCCUCACGGGAAACUGUGUAGCUUUUAAAAUUGAAAAUGUGUGGACAUUUUUCAUUUCUUUAAAGUGUAUGUGUCAUCCAAAAACAGAUUCAAAGUCAUAUAUGUAAAACAAUUGUUUAGAGUAAAUCAAUGGUCCAUCAUUCAGUCCUCAUUGCAUACAGCUAGUCUUUGAUCUGGACCUGGACUGAUGAUGUGCUUUGAAGAUUGGAUUAAAAACGUAUCAAAUGGUUUCAUUUGGUUCGUCCAAGAAUGGAUGUGCCCUCAAUGUCCAGUCACAUUUAAUAUUAUGUGCCAAAAGUAUAGUAGCACUACCUACAAAUAUCCAAAUAUAGAAGUAUGAUUAUAUCUAUACAUUUGUUAGCACAGUGUAUAAUAAUGCAUUUUUUUUAAUAAAAUGAUUCAAAUGUUUAAAUGAUGCACAGUGUAUAAUGUAUUUUUUUUAUAAAAUGAUUCAAAUGUUUAAAUGAUGCAUAUUUUAUAAUUUGUCAUAUUUUAAUUUCAAUUCCCUUGACCACUCCCCUUUGAAACUCCUGCAUGUGCUGUAUAUCCUCAGACAGAAUUCAGAUGGAUUUACCAACCAAAUCAGUCCUAACAUAGUGUACUAUUUACACUGAUGUUAAGUAGUAAAGGUUCACCAGAAAAUAUGCCCUAUCAUAUAAUUUCAUGACAUAUAUUACAUUGCAUUGGAGAGGAUGCUUUCUAUUUUUGCUUAGAAAAACAAUAUACAAUGGGUUUCUGCGACAUGUAGUGUUGGUAGCUAUUUUAUUCUUGUAGAAACAUGUGGAACUGCUGCACAAGGUUAUGGUAUCCAUGACUGGAUAGCUCAAAUCAGCGGAAGCUAAGAGAUAGUGUGUCAGUGGACAUAGGAGCUGAUCAUGCCCACACUAUACAGGUUCUUGAACGGCAAGGGAAAUUUGAGUGUACACCAUGUUCAUAGAUGCAGCGAUUUUAGUGCACUCUGUUUUUCAAAUGGAGUUAUCAAUAGUACCUUUAUUUUGGUUCUUCCUUGUGGAUGUAUUGUGGAGGCAAUAACUUUUAACGCUUACGAAGUUAUUUUGAGAAAUGUUUUAUUGUUUCUUUUUGUUGCUUUCUGGCUAUCUUAACAGGAAAAUCCAGAUUUUGACUUGCAUUUUGACAAAGUGUACAAAUGGGUUGCCAGCAGCACAGCAGAGAAGAAUACAUUCAUUUCCUGUAUUUGGAAGCUGAACCAAAGAUAUCUCCGGAAGAAAAUUGAGUUUGCCAAUGUCAGCUCCCAGCUUUUGGAAGGUAUGUCUUCAGAAUGUUUGGCGUAUCCCCCUGCUGGCCAAUUCACAUUCUGUAGUUACUAACAAUUUUUCUGCUUCUUUGGAAAACACAAUCCCAUUAUUGAUCCCGAUCCAACUAUGGGAACUUUUUACCAUAACCACCAUUAUCUCUUUGAAUUUAUCUGUGGGUAUCUGUGCAUAUAUGUUUGAGCUCUAUUUAACAUGCUUAUUUUUCUCAGUAGAUCUUGCUGACUUAGAGGUAUAUUUGUAUAGAUUCAAAUCCUUGGUCUGAUUGAAGAUAGUUCUCAGACAUAGAAACAGUGCUCUUCUCUCAAGCUGAAUUCUGUUAAAAUGUAUAUUGUUUGCUGUUACAGGACAGCUGUUACCCUUUAUCCUAUCACAUGUCUCCCUUAAUCAUACUUUUUGUCUUUUGUAUAAUACAUAAACCCCUGUAUUGCAUGCUUGAAAGUGUAAUGUAUGUGAUGUAAUUAUUUAAAUACAGAAGCUUUGAGAAGUGAGUAGAAAUACAUCUUACAUUUUUAGGCCAGUUCAACAAUCUUUAGCAUAAGGUGCAAGCCAUCUUACAGUCAUGUAAGCUGCUAUUUUGGUAGCUGGUGUAUCUAUGAAUUGCAUGACAAGUAACUCCAGUAAAGGCAUGCUAUUCUGUACAGCUAUGUUUCUGUAUCUAUAUGUAUACCGUCUUUGCCUUUCUUGCUUUAAUACUCUUUUGCUUACUGUCCUCUGCUCUUUUUCCCCUAAUUAUUACUCUCCAGAACUACCUAAAGUUGCAGAAGGUAGGUAGCAUGUUUUUUUUUUUUUUAUCAUGGUAUUUACAUAGUCAUUAUAUGUAUAGAGAGCAGCACUCGUACCUGGGAUCUUUCAUUAUUUGUCCUCCUUAAUUCCCAGAGUCAGCCGUAUGGAAACCUUUGGCACUCAAUAUGUUGUGGACUAUAUCUCCCUUAAUGCUGGCAAAGCACCAGGGGAGAUGUAGCCCUCAACAUUUGGGCUGCCAGAGGGGCACUAAGGUCUACUCUAAGGGAAUAGAUAGUCCUGGGCAAGAAUUGAGUGUUGUCCCACCCACCUGAUCUCAUCAAUAAAACAGCUACAAGUGAGUGGGAAUAAAAGGCAAUCCCUAUAGUAAUUUUAUCAUAAGGCCAAGCCGUUAGAACUAGAGACUUGAUAUAACCAAGUGAGUUCCCAGGUACGCAUGUGCUAGCAAUCAAAAUAUGGGCAUUUAGAAAAGUUCAUAUGUUAAGCUACCAGGAAAUGAUAAACAUAAAUACCUUGAAAAAUAAUUGUGUUCUGCAGAACCUAGAUUUAUAUUACAUUUUUUUCAAUGUCAUUUUGGUGGCAAAUGGCUAUGGGAAAUUUAAAUAAGCCUUCGUUAUUAGUGGAGCAAAUAGCUGUUGCAUUGAGCAGGAAGGGAAAAAAAUGCAAAAAAUGAAUGUUUGCUGAAAACAAGAGCUGUUUAUAUAAACCCUAACAUCUUGUAAAGUAUCUCUUUUUAAAUAGAGUAUGUAUGUUUUCUUGUAUCUAGUGCUUUCACACAAUGUCUAGUAGGAGUCUUUUGGCAAGCUUUCUGUAGAGUAGGUUUAGUUUUCUGCUUUAAUUCUAUAAAACAAAUCAUGAAAUUGCAAGUGAGAGUUUUCUAGUAUCUUUUUUUUUUCUGUCUCUCUUUCUCUUUUUUUGUGUAUGCUUCUCUGAGCCACUGUAGAAAGGUCUUGUGUUUUUUAUGGUAGGAAAUAAUAUUAUUACAUUGAAAAUAGUACUAUUAAGUGAUUUCUUUUUGUUCGAUUUGUGAAGAAUCUGUCCCUAGUGGUGAGAAUCAAAAUGUAGCUGGAGUGGAUGAAGAAGCUGCUGCAGAGUAUCAGGAGUUAAAUACCAGAGAAAAGCAGGACAUUGAAAUAAUGAUGGAGGGAUGUGAAUAUGCCAUCUCCAAUGCAGAGGCCUUUGCAGAAAAGUUAUCACGGGAGCUGCAGGUUUUGGAUGGGGUAAGUAGUCCAGAGAAUUCUGUCUGACUGUUACACCUUUACAUGUGCAUUUCCACUUCAAACAUAAAAAAAGUAAAAUUACAUAUUUUGUAUAGCAUAAUUGUAAUUUUGAUGAUCAAAAAAAAAUUGUAUUCAUGUAAUUUUUUAAUACAGAUAUUUAAUGAAUCUUGCAUAUCACAUCACAGCAAAGUUUUACAAAGUUUUGAGAGACUGUCAUUUGGAAUUCUGACACUGUAAAUCUGGACUCGUCCAACCUUAGUCCUCAAUUAUUCUUGGACUGUAUUUCUCACAAUGAUGUAGAAGUCUUAGUUACCACUCGGACUCCUAUAGUUCAAGAAAAUGAUUACUUGCAUCGCUUUCCCUUAUUAAUUGUAAAGAAAGAAAAAACACUACAAAGGUGCCAAUUUAGCCAUUACAGGAAGUUGUUGUUUUUCUUUUUUUUUUUUUUUUUUAAUAGUAGUAAAAUAUGUUUAAAGUAAACACUUUGCUUAAUUUUCAGGCCAAUAUCCAAUCAAUCAUGGCUUCUGAGAAGCAAGUUAACAUCCUUAUGCAGCUGCUCGAUGAAGCACUGAAGGAAGUGGAUCAAAUUGAAGGAAAACUGAGUAGUUAUGAGGAGAUGCUGCAGAGUGUGAAGGAACAAAUGGAUCAUAUUUCCGAAAGCAACCACCUUAUUGAGCUCAGCAAGACAAAUAGUGAGACACUUCUGGGCGAGAUUGAGUUCCUAGUAGUAAGUAUGCUUAGUGUUUAUUUUGCUAUGUUCAAGAAUGCAAUGAAUCACACCAAUAGGAAUAAAAUAUAUUUGUUUACAUAGAUCAAUAGUAUCAUUAAAGAAUAGUUACAAGUUAAGUAAGAAUACAUACCGUUUUAAUACCCAACAUUGAGAUCCAAACUUUAGGCUGGGAAGUUCCGGUCAGCCUUGGCCAGGAGUAAAUUAAUCGUGAAAUUUCCUGCACAGCACAUCUACUCAUAGCAUGAAGCUUCUAACCAAACAAACAGAAGUUCCAGCUUUUAAUAAUUGUAUUAAAAAAGGGGGGCAUACUUAACUAAUUUAUGCAAGUGACAUGUUCAUUUCAUACAUAGGAGAGCGCAGCUUAACAAGACAUCAGCGCAGUCCGGAACUCUGGCCAGACGCCCAGGGUGUCCUGAAUCAUAUAAGACACCUGCACUUUAUUUUGAAAUAUUCUGGAACUCUCUGCAGUGUAUCCAGAAUAUUGCAAAAUCAAUAUAUAUCCAUACAAUUAGCAAUACAGUGGUAACCUUUCUUUUUCUGUCUUUGAGUGGUGAUUCUAGGUCAAGAUGCCUACAGGCAUCUAUGUACAAGGACUCUUAACCUGACUACAAAUGUGACUAUUUUCAUUUUAGAGAUCCUUUGGUACAAUUUUAUAUUACAGGGUAAUUGCAUUUUUUUUCAUUUGGGGAGGGAGGGUGUUUGUAGGAAGGUAAGAGCACUAAGGAUUAUAUUCCCACAGGCAUCUGAGACCUAAAUCUGGCCCUGGAUGAUGCUUUUUGUAACCUAAGAGAACUCACCUCUUAAUUAAUCAUUUAUUUCAUAUCAUUGAUAAAUGCAAUGGAUGGAGUUUAAAAAUAAAAUAUGAAUACAGUGAGCUCUCGCUCACAUAACAUCAACUUCAAAGCUCUCACACCAAUUUAUCAUUUUUUUUAUUUUUUUAUUUAUUCAUUUUUUUAUUUUUUUUAAAAUAGACACUGAACAAAAUUAUCAACGCAACACUUUUGUUUUUGCUCUAAUUUUUCAUGAGCUGAACUCAAAGAUCUAAGACUUUUUCUAUGUACACAAAAGGCCUAUUUCUCUCAAAUAUUGCUUGCACAUCUGAUUAAAUCUGUGUUAGUGACCUUUUCUCCUUUGCUGAGAUAAUCCAUCCAAUUUACAGGUGUGGCAUAUCAAGAUGCUGAUUAGCCAGCAUGAUUAUUGCACAGGUGUGCCUUAGGCUGGCCACAAUAAAAGGCCACUCUAAAAUGUGCAGUUUUACUGUAUUGAGGGGACACCAGGGGCGGCGAAAACUAGUCAGUAUUUGGUGUGACCACUAUUUGCCUCACGCAGUGCAACACAUAUCCUUCACAUAGAGUUGAUCAGGUUGUUGAUUGUGGCAUGUGGAGUGUUGGUCCACUCCUCUUCAAUGGCUGUGCGAAGUUGCUGGAUAUUGGCAGGACUUGGAACACGCUGUCGUAUACGCCGGUCCAGAGCAUCCCAAACAUGCUCAAUGGGUGACAUGGCCAUGCAAGAACUGGGAUGUUUUCAGCUUCCAGGAAUUGUGUACAGAUCCUUGCAACAUGGGGCUGUGCAUUAUCAUGAUGCAACAUGAGGUGAUGGUCGUGGAUGAGUGGCACAACAAUAGGCCUCAGGAUCUCGUCACGAUAUCUCUGUGCCUUCAAAAUACCAUCAAUAAAAUGCACCUGUGUUCAUUGUCUAUAACAUACGCCUGACCAUACCAUAACCCCACCGACACCAUGGGACACUCGAUCCACAACAUUGACAUCAGCAAAUUGCUCACCCACACGACACCAUACACGCUGUCUGCCAUCUGCCCUGUACAGUGAAAACCAGGAUUCAUCCGUGAAGAGAACACCUCUCCAAAGUGCCAGAUGCCAUUGAAUGUGAGCAUUCACCCACCCAAGUUGGUUACGACGACAAACUGCAGUCAAGGCGAGACCCCAAUGAGGACGACAAGCAUGCAGAUGAGCUUCCCUGAGGCGGUUUCUGACCGUUUGUGCAGAAAUUCUUUGGUUAAUGCAAACUGAUUGUUGCAGCAGCUGUCCGAGUGGCUGGUCUCAGACGAUCUUGGAGGUGAAGAUACUGGAUGUGAAGGUCCUGGGCUGGUGUGGUUACACGUGGUCUGCGGUUGUGAGGCCAGUUGAUUGUACUGUCAAAUUCUCUGAAACGCCUUUGGAGACGGCUUAUGGUAGAGAAAUGAACAUUCAAUUCACGGGCAACAGCUCUGGUGGACAUUCCUGCAGUGAGCAUGCCAAUUGCACGCUCCCCCAAAAUUUGAUCUUUGAGUUCAGCUCAUGAAAAAUGGGGACAAAAAACAGAAGUGUUGCGUUUAUAAUUUUUUUCGCUGCAUAUUUGUGUGUGUGUGUGUGUGUGUAUGUAUGUAUGUGUAGGUAUGUAUAUAUAUAUGUGUGUAUGUGUGUAUGUGUGUGUGUGUGUGUGUAUAUAUAUAUAUAUAUAUAUAUAUAUAUAUAUAUAUAUAUAUAUAUAUAUAUAUAUAUAUAUAUAUAUAUAUAUAUAUAUAUAUAUAUAUAUAUAUAUAUGUAUAUAUAUAUAUAUAUAUAUAUGUAUAUAUAUGUAUGUGUGUGUGUGUGUGUAUAUAUAUAUAUAUAUAUAUAUGUAUGUGUAUGUAUGCGUCAAUGUUAGAUCACCGAUAACUAAAGAUUCUAAUGCACAAGUGUCAGUCUCCUAUUAUAGAAAUCAGUCUAUGUACAAUAAACCAUUGUUUAUUCCUUCUUGGGAUUAAUCCAUAUAGAGCCUUUUAUAGCACACAGAAAAGUCCCACAAAACUUAGUUCCACGUUCACACAUUUUAGGUUCGAUUUAUUCUUUCCAUGAUUAUCAGCAUAUUUUAAAUGUUUAUUAUUUAAAUUAAUUAGUUUAUAAGGAAUUUUCCAUUUUAAUGCUGACCACAUAAAGUACACACUCUUCCGGCAAAUUGGUUUUGCAUAAUUGCUCAAAUAUAAUUGACAAAUGUAUCACUUGUUUUUUCUAGAAUCAUAUGGACUUAUCCAAGGGUCAUAUUAAAGCUCUUCAGGAAGCAGAUCUCUCCUCCUCUCGAGGGAUCGAGGCCUGUACUAAUGCAUCAGAAGCUCUUUUACAGUGUAUGAAUGUAGCACUUCAUCCAGGUAAUGCUCUGUGGAAAACACACACACAUAUAUAUAUAUAUAUAUAUAUAUAUAUAUAUAUAUAUAUAUAUAUACUCUUUAAUACACAGUUUUUCAGAAAAGUAGAAAAAUGCUUAUUUCUGAAAUGAUUUGGCCAUGUAAUGAAAAACCUAAAACUUACAGAACGGAGGAACCAACGAGACUGGAAUUUUGCAGAUGUUUGUGAGGAAACAAAAUGGAUGGUAUCACUUUUGUCUUGUGCCUCCCCUUCCCUUUGUGUAAACUAGGGUCUUUUAUUUUCUUAUUUUUAUAAAUUCAUCCUGAAUUAAGUUUGUUAGCACUCACAAGAGGGCACCCAUCUGUUAUAUUAGUGUUUCUAGUUUAACAAUCUCAGGCUAAAUGUUUUCAUUGAUUAUUUUAAAUGAUACAACCCUCAGUAUAUAAACUUAGUGACUGUCUCUGCUAGUGACACUCUCUAAGAUUAAUCUUCAUAAAACAACGAUUUUAAAAAAAGGAUGCAAAAACAACCAAUCCAGAUUACAAAAAGAUGGAACAUAUAUUUAUGAUGGAAGUUGUAUUUGCAAUAAACCCGCAUUAUAUACAGAUCAUUUAGUGAGCGCUGUGCAGUACAGGAAGCGAUCACAGAAUCAGGAUGCUCACAUAAUGUUUGUUUUUUUUCUGACUCAAAAGUGAUUUUUAAAAUGCAAUCAUGCAGAUGGUGCUUAUACAGAGCGUGCUUUAUGUGGUGUCCCUUUUCUUAAAGUAAUAGAUCAAUAUUGAAACAAAUAAGAAAUGACUCCUUUUUGCAUACAAAUAAUAACCGCACAUACAAACCAUAACCACAUUGGAAAAUCUGGACAUCAGUAGCAUGGUUUGUCCAUUAAUCCUUAACAGUGUUUUGUGCCCAAUCUCUUUUUUUGUUUUUUUAGGGCACAAAAUGCUUCAGGCUGUUAAGCAACAGCAGCAGUUAUUCAGUGACCUCCGAGAACAGUUUGCCCGAAGGCUUGCAAGCCACCUGAACAAUGUUUUUGUCCAACAGGUAUGCCUGAAAAAAUGUAUUGUUAAUUAACAUACCGAAAGUGCAUAAACAGCUUGUAAAUAGAUAUUGGUUUAGUUAAACAUGCUUUGUAGUUUCUUUCUGCUGCUGUAAUUUUAUAGUUUAGUUAGAAUGGGUAAUGGGUUCUUAGCUCAAUCUGUGGAGAAUGAUGUAGUUGUCUCUGUAAGUAUACAGACGGAUGACUUAAGAGUGUCUUGUACACAUCCAAAUUCAAACUAGUCAUGGUCCACAUUAGAUGGGAUAUGCAUUGUUUGGCUUGGCUGAGCUGGCCACUUUUUAUGUAAAAAAAAAAAAAAAAAAGUUAUUUAUUCUCUGGGUAUUAUUCCAUUUCUCUUGGCAUGGUACAUUUGCAUAAAUCUGUCCAGGCUGGAAAAACAAGUUGUUAGUGAAUAUUUUUUAUUUUUUUAUUCUGACUGCUUUUUUGACCCAAAUUAAUCACGUCUCUUGCCCACUUACUGUAAUCCUCUCUCUAGCAAAUACAAACUAAUGCAAUUACUGCAGUUCUGUUUGUUUACCAUUUCAUAUUCAUCAUUUUCAUAGUUCUACAUGCUAUGCAAAUUUUUCAUCAUUUAAGGUACAUGGUCAGGUAAAUGGGACAUUUCUCUGUCCUCCCUGUCAUUUACCUCUCUGUUUACGUUCUAUAUUUUAUUUCCCUUUAGUUCACACAGAUGUUUCCUUACUUGUAUAGCAGGUCCUACUCUCUGUCUAAGGCUGUGAGUACCUUGGGUUGCAUCACCGACUGCUGAUGUUGAUUAGAGCCUGCAAUCACUAACACUAUGACAACAGCAAAAAUUUACCCAGUUCAUUAAUGUAAUAAGUUAUGCCCUUUCUUUGCUUCAAGAAGGAGAUUUCAGUUUACAAGUGCUUGCUGUUCAUUAUCGAUACUGUCAUCUUGUUCAGUUUGUGUGUGUGUUUUGUUAUCUCUAAUAUUAAACCGGAAAACACCACUCCAUGAAAUUCAUUAGCAGCAGCAAAUCAUUUUGGCGUACUGCCGUGUCCAUAUGUGACAGAGCGGUUAUGGUGCCAGGAGUGCUCUGGGUCAAUCCCACGGUAAGGUGUCAGUUUUACUGCUUACCUAAGUGCUGCCGGGUGUCUGCACUGCAUCAGCUGCAUUGUCUUCUCCAUCAGGAGAUGCAAAACGCACAGGACAGCAGCAAUUUGCAGAACAUAUCCACCAAGCACUCUCCUGAUAAGACUGGAUGCAGCAGAUGUGAAGUGUGUACCUGGUAGGAUUCAGAUAAGUUGUCAAGUUGUGCCAAACAUUUUGACAUCUUACCCAGGACCAGCACCAGGGCAAUCCUGGCACCAUAACCAUUACAGAAGUUUCAGAAGAGUUUUUCCACAGCUAUAAAACAACUGUGUGUGUGUCUGUUUCUGUCUGUCUAUCACACUUGUGUUAUUGGCAGUGGUAAUUCCUGUUUAGUAAUUAACAAAGCAUGGUUUCAUUGUAGCAUUUAAAGUUUUUUUCGUUUUUUACUAAUAUCACAGUGGUCUCUAUGAACUGGAUUUUUUUAACAUGUGCAUUUUCUGAAGUGAGAUAAUGAGUUGUGAGUUGGCUUGUUUGUUAUUUUAGAGCGAUUUAAUGUUGUUUUUUUUUAUUGUAAAGUUGCUAAUAAUAGGGAGGAUACCUGCUAGACAUUCUUUUGUAUUUAUUUUAAUAAAUAUAGAGCAAUAAUGCUAACUCUUGAACAAUUGUGGCGUUGCUCCUUUGUUCCCUGUGGUGGAAUACAGACUGACAUGCAUCACUUGUGCAUGGCCUAGUGGUAGAACAUCUACAUCGUUAUUAAAUGUCUGUAUUUCAAGCCCAAGUCCUUCUAUACAUUUUUUAUUGUUUUCUAACACUUAACCAAUACACCAAAAUAGCACAUGAACAAAGCAUGAUAUGUGCAAUCAUUUUUUACUUACGACUCAUAUUUGAUGAAUGAGCCCAGUAACUUCACUAGAACAUCAAUCUCAUGACAAUUACAUGUGUGCAUAAUCGCUGGAAUGUCUUUAAAGAAACACACAUACACACACUGCAAAGUCCAUUUGGAAUACAAAACGUUAACAACAUACCUGUCACUUAGCAUCAUAAAUGCAUUUGUGUCUUCAACCUGCAAUGGAAUUGGAGAGCGCACAAAAUCAAAAUAUAAUUUAAAAUUGCUUUUUCAGCUGAAAAGGCAAAUAGCGUUAUCAAUUAGUUACUGAUGUUGUAUAGUAAUAUGCCACAUGUAUAUUAUUGUAAGAACUUACCUUGGAUUUUGUGUUGUCAUGUCAAUAAGAUACAGCAUUUUUGCACUGAUUCCCUCACAAAUAUUCAAAUUGCCUUGGUUUUUCUAACAAGACCACCGAUGUCACCCAGAUUACAUAAUCUUAAUUAAGUGGUCCGUGUGCAGUAGUCCUGUAUGUUUUUAACCCUUCACGGUAAAAUAUUCCCGUUUUGCAGAAACGCCAAUGUUUACCUUGAAACGUUAAACACACCUCUAUUGGCUGUCACACUGACUGCAUACUUCUGCUGCACUGACAAAGUAAAACAUGAGGUCCCCAGUGCUCUUCUAUGAGGAGCUUUGGAUUGGACCAUCUCCGGAGGAAGCCAUGCCUCCUCCAUGAGUUUGCCGGAGGGGGAGAGGCCAGCAGCACUGAGGGAUUCUCGGUGCUGUAAAAGGUAAGUACAAACAUUUAUUUGUAAUAUUUUUAUGACAAACGGUGAUAGGGACGGAUACACUGUAGUGUUAGGAAUACAGGUUUGUAUGCUGAACUAUAUAAAGUGUUCCUUCAAGCAUAAAUUAGACUAAAUUAGCAGAAUUCAAAUUAGAGCCAUUCUACAACUUUCCAGUUUAGGUAUUUUGGUCUAAAAUUUUAAGUUUUCCCUCAAAUUCCAGAUCUAGAGAAUAACCCCUAAGUUUUUCCUUCCUCCAGUACAUGCAAUGCAGCAAUGCUACUCUCCAGGCUAAAUCGUUUGUAUAUUUAUAGGUAAUGACCAGUUUGCGCAACACUAAAAGGAUGCAUUAUUUAUGGUGCAGCAUAAUGUUAUUGACAGGUUCUUGUACUUAAACCCAUCUGUGAGUAACAUGUAAACAUCCUCUUAAAGGUUUAAUUGAUGACAACCAUGUUCAUAGACCAGCUGUUAGACCAGUGGUUCCCAAACUUUUAAGGUUCAAGGCACCCUUAAUAUGUCAGUAUUCUUCCAAGGCACCCCAAGUCAAAAUUUCAAGGUUUUAUAUCGGUACAGCUCUGCUGCGUUUACUGGUGUCAUAGUGUAAUGUACAGUGUUGGUGUUUGAAAGUGUGCUUGUAUGCAUUUAUUGUGUCUUAAUACAGGGGUGUGUUUGUAUGUGAUGUUUGCGUUUGAUUGCAAGGGUGUAUCUGAAUGUAAUGUUCACUUUUAAUUGUGGAUGUACAUUUUUGUGAAGUAUUUGUGUUUGAGUGAAGGGGUAUGUUUGUAUAUUUUUUUUGUUUGAAUGCAGGGGUGUGUUUGUAUGUAAUAUUUGUGUUAGAUUGCAGGAGUGUGCUUCUAUGUUGUGCUGGUGUUUGAUUGAUUGGAUGUAUACAUACUGUGAUAAAAUGAAGGCAGAUAGGCCUUUUAACCCCAGGGGGAGUAUGUGUAGUUUGUGUGUGUUACACAAAGCUCUGUUUAGUUAUGGGCCCCUGGGGUGGAGCAUUUGGAGAGAAGGGUGGGCCAGUGCUCCACUCCACAGUUUAGUGGUUUUCUGGGGAAACAUAGAUCCAGGCCAGGGUUUUUUGGACCGUCUCCAACCCACUGCUCAGCUGCAGUUAAUGAGCUGUUGCAAUUGGAAUAAACUCCUCCCUGCUAGGCAGGUAAAGGAGAGGGAUUGCUGGCUUCCUCCCAGGAAGCAGGUAGGAGAGAGAGGCUGUUCUCUCCAGAUAGUCAAGGAGACUAGGCACUUGGAGUGCAGAAAGGAAGCAGUCAGGGCAAGACUGGCUUGGAGCACUGGGAGUGCAGAAAGGAAAGCAGUCAGGGCAAGACUGGCUUGGAGCACUGGGAGUGCAGAAAGGAAAGCAGUCAGGGCAAGGCUGGCUUGGAGCACUGGGAGUGCAGAAAGCAAAGCAGUCAGGGCAAGGCUGGCUUGGAGCACUGGGAGUGCAGAAAGGAAAGCAACAGGUUAGAUAGCAGAGCGUUGCUCUCUAAUAAGGUUGGUGCAAUAUUGUGUUUAGUUUAACCCUGAGAGAUAGGGAACUAAUGUCAGUUAGUGCUCAGACGAGCUAGGUGUUUGUUUAUAGGGUUUUCUGUUACUUUUGUUUUUCAUUUACUGCUGUAUCCUGUGUGGAUUUACAAAUAAAGUGCCUGAGUAUAUGCAAUUACAAGGACUGUGCAUGUUUUUACCCUAGAGGGCCGUGCUACCUGGUGACAAGGAUCACAAUACAUACAUUCAUACUUACACAGAUAUUCAUGCACAUUAACACACAGAUGCAUAUAAAUACACAGACACAUACACACACAUAGAUACACACCGACAUAUACACAGAUGCACCCUGACACACACAAACUUUGAUACAUAUGCCCACACCAUGACAUAGAUACACACUGACAUAAAAACACGCACCCUGACACACAGAUGCACAUACACAGAUGUGUGCUCGCACACAGACAAAGAAGCACACUGACACACACACUCAUACACAUACAAACACUCAUACAUACACACACUCAUACACAUACAAACACUCAUACAUACACACUCAUACAUACAUACACACAUUCACACACAUACACACACUCACACAAUAAUUUUUUUUUUAAUAUCUCCAGCCACCCUGCUGUCAGGUUACCUUAUGUGCCAGGAGGGUGGCUUAGAGUCCUGCUGCUGUGGGAGUGAGGUCUGAAGCUCUUCAUGCUCCUCUCCCCUCACAAUGCGGCUGCCUCCUCUCUCUCCCGUGCUGUCUUCCUGCAGGAUGCUGGGAGGAAGUGACAGGUUGUCACUUCCUCCCAGCCAGUCGACAUUACAGGGGCCCAGUCACGAUCUUAAAGGACUGCGGCAAUCGACCGGGUCCCUGUUGAGCAGUAAAGUUUCCCUGGUGUUAUAAUCAUAGUACCGGGGAAAUAUUCCGUGGCGCCUCGGCACACAGUUUGGGAACCGCUGUGUUAGACUUUACUAUUGUCUGCUUUCCAAAUGGUAAGGGGAAUAACUAUUGCAUUUUCUAAGGCUUUCAUAUACUCUUAUCUGAUGGCAUAAAUACUACUAGUAAUCUCUGCAAUAGAGACAAUACAUAAACUUUAAAUGACCAUACUUUUCAGGACCUCCUUCCAUUGUGUAGACAGCUUUUCAGAAUACUAUGCACUAAACAGUACCUCUCUGAAAAAGCCCAGCAAGUUUAAGCUGUCACAUUUUUUAGGUAUCACUGCUGUUGAUCCAAAAGAAGCCAACUUGAAGCGAUUUUCAAAUUUUGCCUCAAGAAGGGGAAAAAUUGCUUAGUGACUCUGAAGGGUCAAUGAGAUUUCUCAUUGAAGAAAAGUUGCUUAAUAGCAAGACAAUUUAUAUUUCUAUGAUCAUGGAAAUUGCAGCAGCUGCUUAUUGACUAGAACACAAAAUGAUAAGCAACAACAAUAUCCCUGUAAGUGUUAUGGUAAAUGAAAAGAGAAAACGGUGUGUCAGUGAUGGAAAUAAACAUGGUGAAAGAUCUGUAACCGAGGAUUCAGGCACAGCCAAUUGACCAAAGAUAGUUACACAGUACCCACUUUAGGGACUCCGUGCAUGUCCAUUUUAUGAAAUAAUAUCCAUUGCAGUGCACUUCUGAAUUACAACCCUUUGUGAGCUAGCACCCUAUGACCCUGAAUUUGACUUCUUAAAGUGCCCCCGUCCGUUCCCUCUGCACGCCCUGAGGAUCUUACUUUGUUAUGGAGGCAGUUCCCAUGUGACAUUUAACCUUGGUUAAUAAGAAUGGAAAUCUACCUGCAAUGUUUCGCUUAUGUGGAUAAAUUUUCAGCAUAUUCAUAUGUGACUGUCAUUUGAUGGCACCCAGAAGGUAAAGACUGAGGUCCACCAUAUGUUUUUGCUGAUUUACUUUUGCCCAGAAUUAUUCACAGAACUCAUCAAAUGCCUGUAAACUUACAGCAUGGAGUCAGCGGCUAUUUAUUUAUUGAAAUCACAGUGUGUCUGAGUAAUGUAAUGCCUAUCAUCCUAUAUGCCAAAGAAAGCACGAGAGUACGAGAAAGAAGCUGCCUCUCCCACCUGACCUUGCAGAUGAGGCCACCGUGAUGUCCAGAGCAACACCAAUCAUGCAACUAUUGCUGCUGAAAAAUUAGCAAAAUGUUCACUUGGUUCACACGGUGAUGCCAGUUUUUUAUGUCAUGUGAUUCACCAUUUAUACACUAUGUAUGUAACAACAAACAUAGUAGGAAACUUAUGGGUUCUAUUCUGUUUCUACAUGUAGUGAUCUUUGAGUAGUAUUCAUCAGAUGAAGAUAAGAAAGGCUCUAGCCUAAAACUUAAGCACUUUUGUAUAUUGUAUUUACUAUUGCCGUAAGGAACAUGAUAACAUUGAUUAAAUACUUCUCUAUGGGGAGCAUAAAGCACCUUAUUGCACAGUGUGGAGACGCUGAACGAAAGUCCUGCACAGAUUACAGGAACUUGUGCAGGUAGUCCAUUUAUUAGCUGUCCGAGUGAGAGCCACUAGAGGUGGACAUAGAUAGCAAUGUAAACACUGCCUAUAUUUUGCAACAAAGGCAGGUUUUACAGUGCGCAGACUGCAGAGACAGGCCGUAUGCCUCAGAAACAUUACAUUAAGCUGUAGUGGUAUUGGUGGCUUUAGUAAGGCUGUAUAUUUGCCUAUGCAAAAUCCCAUUAUUGUCUAGACUAUCUGAAGACUACAGGUUUCAUUACCCGAAAUAAACCUUCUACAAUGGUAUUGUCCAAAUUGCCAAGCUUCAUUAUGUAUGUUUGGAAUUUCAGUACAAUGUAUGAAUCGACAGACUGAACAAUCUGAACCUUUUCUUUACUUUCUCUUGUUUUUUGUGUCCCUAAAGGGUCAUGAUCAGGGUUCUGCUCUAACUGUUGAAAUGACAUUACCAAACCACCAUCCUUUCCACCGAGAUUUGCUGCGAUAUGCCAAGUUAAUGGAGUGGCUUAAAACAACAGAAUACAAUAGAUAUGAAGGCCUUAUGAAGGUUGGUUUUUUGCUUAAUGUGAUUGAAGUUUGUUGGACCUCCAAUUUAACAGAGAUAUAAUAAGAUAAGCCUGACAUACAGCAGUUUGUUGCUCGUUGUCGUGUGCUGCCCCUUGUGUAAUAUGAAAUGUAUUGUCCACAGCAGUUCUAUCCUCAAGACCUCUAUAUAACUAUGAAAGAUCUGAUUAUAAACAAUCCUUCCUCUAACUUUUAAUAUAUAAAAACAAGGGCUAGAACACUGUGGCAAAGGGGCUUAAAUAGUACUAUGUGUAUAAAAAUAUACUGUUUUGGAGAUGCCCCAUCUCAAGUUCUUCGAGUUUCCGUGGGUUCCUGUUCUCCUGGUAAAAAAACAAAAAACGGUACGACUAAAAAAAAUACCCACUGCCCAAAACACAUUAUAAGUUAACCUUACUUGUCGUUAACCCCAUAGUUCAACAUUUUCAAAGGAGGAAUCCUCACGUUAAGACCAAGGUGUAUUUUUGUUAUAGAAGGGGUCACAUGUCAGGAAUUGGGGAGUCCAAUCUGCUGGUUUUAUACAGGGUGCAGUGGAGGCACACGUGCAUUAUUUUACUAUUUUUUUUUUCUUGCUGUUUGUCUUGUAUUGUAGAAUUACAAGGAUUAUAUUGUGCGCUUGUAUGAUAGAGAAAUCCGAGACUUUUUUGAAGUUGCUAGGAACAAGAUGACUGGUGCAACUAAAGAAGGAAAGAAGUUUGGUAAGUUUGUUGAAUUAAAAUGUUUUGUAACUAUGUUUUUCUUAACAUUUUUUUUCCCUCUAAUAGUUACUGAUGUGCUAUGGACACAGUGACUCUUCAUUCUCUUUUUGGUGUAGUUAGUUAUUUUGUUACAUAGGUUACCUAUAGCCUGGGUUCUGGCUUAUUUCUGUAAAUAUAGCCAUGUUAUUGUAAGCAUAGGGAACAUCAGAAUAGGAAUUAACAAGUUACUGUAAACAUAGGGAAUCUCCAACCAAGAAUCUGCCAUAUUACUAUAACUCUAGCCUAGGAUCUUCCAUGCUACCAUGAGCUAAAGGAUAGGCCUUAUUACGGGGAGCUCUGGAAACCUCUAGUCCUAGAUAGGCCUUUUUACGGUGAGCUCCGGAAACCACUAAUACAGGAUGGGCAUUGUUAAGAAGAGCUCCAGGAAACUCUAGACCAGGAUAGACCUUGUUAACGAGAGCUCCAGAAUAGGCCUUUUUACGGUGAGCUCUGGAAACCUCUAGUCCUAGAUAGGCUUUUAUACGGUGAGCUCCAGAAACCUCUAAUACAGGAUAGGCAUUGUUAACGAGAGCUCCAGGAUAGGCCAUGUUAUGUGAAGCUCAAUGAACGUCUAGUGCAGGACAAGCUUCAAUAUGCCGAGUUCUGGGAACAUCUAAUCCAGGAUGGGACUUGUCGAUUAGCAGUGCAGAGAGCACUUUUCUUCUAAUUCGACUGGGUUUAACAAUUAGUUUUUCAACCCUCUGGUCCACUCUGUGUUCACGAUUUGCUGAGCUUGCCAUAUAUUAUAAAUAAAAUGCCUCUCUUCCUGCUAUUUUAUUCUUGUGCCUUAGGAGUGCUGCUUGCACUUACAGAUUCCAGUUUAAAUACCAACUAACACCUGAUGCUUCUGCUUUUUAAAACGUGUCGCUGUCUACAUAUAAGAAGAACAGCCUUUCUAUUCCAUGAAUAGAAAACGUUCUGUUAGCAUGAAGGUUGAAAUAGCCAGAAAACACUCUAUUUCAUCAAGGCCUUUCGACACAGGUGACUACUCUUGGCAGUGCACAUAUUUGUGAACUACUUAAAAACUUGCUGAAUAACAUCCAAAACCUAGUUUGCGGACAUCUAUCUGCAUUUCCAAGAUUAGACAUCACUGGCCUCUGAGAACUACAAAUUGUGUGCUUGUGCGGAACAGCUCAUUCUGGAAAAUACGCUCCAGCACUAUAUUUGAGAUAGUGCUAUUAGUGUCCGAGGAAGAGGACUUGCUAUGGAGAGGCCAUGCUUGGUGUGGGGUGACCUUACUAUGCAUUUUGUGUGAGUUACAUGGCAUUGCUCGAUUUGUCUCAUUACUGGUACUGCUACUUCAUUAGAAACAAUAAAAUACAUUAACUAUAAGUAUAAAACAGUCGGUUGAACUCACUAAACCAGGGCUUGUUGAGGAUUUGCAAAUUUUAGAUCACAAUAGGUGUCCUGCAAAAAUAGAAGUUAGGGGGAAAAUAUUUCAGUUCUGCUAUUUUAGCCUACAAUUUACAUUUUCCUUGUCAAUUCUCCAUAAUCCCACCUAAAUAAAGAUUAUAUUAAAGUAAAUGUGCAUUUCUUUUGAUAUAUGCAUAAUUAACAAAUAACUAUUGAACAAUAAAGUAUUAACAAUAUUUUGUUCUUUCUAAAAUGCUCUUAUCCAAAACGCCUUACAACAUUUAGCCUUUAACAUUUACUUAGAUGAGGACAGAGGGGUCUAUAAUUGGUAAAUAAAAACAAGUAGAGACCCCUGCCAGCAAAGUAAAAAGACAAAGCAUUAAUGUAAAUAUAUUGAUAUAUAAUGGACAAUCAUGAAACAAUAUAUCCCAUACAGUGAGCUGAGGAUAGUUCCCAGUAUUUGAGAUGAAGCUCACCCUUUAUUGUAAUCUUCUAUAUUUAUCCAUGAGAGAUAUAAUUGCAAAAUAUGCAAACCAGUAGUUAUUCUGCCAAACAAAAACAUGCAAUUUGUCAUAAAAAAACCUAAUAAACAUGGCCAAUCUCCCACUGUAAACAAAAAUCGGACACCAAUGCAAAUAUCAAGCUUUCAGUCUUUUCUCCAUGAAAUUAUACAUUCACCAUAUGCAGAAUUAAUAAGGCUUAUCCUUUCAUUCUAGAACCAUCCACCCAUCAUUACGUGUUCUAAUACAGAAUUCCCUCCUUGACAUCUCUUACAUUCCAUUUUUAGUGAUAUGUUUAUCCAUGUAACAAUGUUCUAGAUUACUGUAAUUGCUUGGUAUAUCUUUUUGCAUGUUUCUUUUCUGACUAGUGCCUAACUUGCCUCUUGUGCACGGUCCAUGCUAAAUGCCUGUUUUCUAAUGCAUCUUUGUCUUUAACGCUUGCCACUUAAUCCAAAACCAGCAACGCUGCCUCGAAAAGAAACCGCCAUGAAACAGGAGACGGAGAGUGAGUAUGACACCACUGUUCCUCCGAAUCUCAGACUCUGUCAUUUAUGAGCAGUGAGUUUCCCACCUGAUCUACUCCGGAUUACCCCAUAACAAUCACUUUAUUAAAGCAUGAUUAUAUAUUUCACUCAUGUAUAAUUGAAAUCUGACGAAAAUCAGGUUGUAUGUUAACACUUUAUGUAGAAUAAAACUCUGGCUUGAUUGCCCUGAAAUAUUUGUUCAUUAACAUUCCACUGAGCAUUGUGGAAGUGGGUUUAUGUUUCAGAACGGAACACAAAACAAAUAAUAAAAUAAUUGCGGCCAAUUAAUGGCUAUAUAGUGUCGCUAAUGGUUGCAACUCCCACAAUGCUUUUACCCUCUUCAAGCAGUGCAUCAUGGGAGUUUUGAUUCUAUAAAAAGGGUUUCCUCUUGAACAUCUCUGAAGUGAGCCGGGCUUCAGAGCAAAUGGAACAGUAAUGUUUAUUAAAAGGCUUGUUUAACACAGUUUGUACUGUAGAAAAACUGAGACUGUAAUAAUAUACUUGGUGUAUCUUGCCUUGCGUAAAUAAUCAAGAAAAGAGUGUGAUGACAGGAGCUACUAGGUUACUCCAAAAAUCCAUGUCAGCCCUAAAACAACUGAAAAAGUACACAAAAAGAAAGAACCCAGAACUGUGUUUUUGUAGCAGUCGUUUUAAGUAGCCUGAAAUUACACAAUCCUUUUUAUACCCAUUGCUGUUCCUUCUUAAUGUUUAAGUUUAUUUAUGAUUAAAACUGAAUUUUCUUUUGUCUUCUGUAGUCCGUUUCUGCCUAGAAUGAUGAGUUAUGCCCCACAUAUGGGAAAAGUGCGCCCUGGAAUACACAAUGACCUAUUACCCUGCUGUCUCAUUCCCCUGAGUUUGCACUCUGCUCAGCCACAGCUCCUUUUAACAUAUGCAUGAAAUAGUGAGCCAGUUUUACAGUCACUGGGGCACAUUUAAGCUAGUGUAUUGAUUUAAAAAGUUUGGGAAAAAAUGUCAUUGGGAACGAGUCAACAAUGGAAUGUGUCUGCUGGUUUCUCAGUUUUUAUUUCUUUUAUGUGAUUGCCCCACUUUUAGUAUUUUAGAUAACUCCGUAGAACAGAACACUUUGAUACAUUUUUAAAGCUUAAACAUGAGUUGGGAUGAGUACAACAGCAGCUUCUGGAUAUAGAGGUUGUGUGUAGCAGUAUGAGUACCAGAAAGCCACAUGUUGUCAGUAGCUCUGCAUAUGUAAUAUGUAUUAUAGUGGAUGGUUCAUUGUGCAUUCAGAAUACAGUAGUUUUGAUGCAAAAAAAAUGAGUCGACGGGACAGCAUGAAAUGGAAUAGGGGUGUUACGACCUCUCCCAACAGGCAAAUCACAACCAUAAACAUGCACCGAUUAUCGUGCAAUGCCCCCCCUCCCCUCACCGCGAGAGAUAACAUAACAUGCAACAUGAGAGGUCGUGGGGCAGGCUAAAGCACACACACGCCUAGAAUAGGGAGCCCCAACCUCACACACAGGUUAGCACCGUCACAAAGUACAACACCGAUGUAUGCAAAUUGAGUCCAAAACAAUGUCAGCCCACCUAAAAUGGGGAAAGAGAUCCUACUUUCCUAGUCAUGUCUGCUCUGCCUCCUAAAGUAACAACCGGUGGGUGUCGAGGGGAGGGGGUUCAGGUGGAGCCACGGCUCUUCUGAUCUUCUGAUUGGGAAAGGUUCUAUAACAACGCAUGCCUGUAUAGCGAUCUUUGGUAUAUUGGUUUCCACUGCAUUCAUGUGUUACACGGAUAACUACAUUCCUGUUAUGUUCGACUGAAUUAAAAAAAUAAAGAAUGUUAAAAAAAACAACAACAAAAAACAGCCAUGAUAAUUCCAUUUACGGAUUUCUUUUACAUUUGCUGGUUUUUCUAGGUCUUCAUGGAAGUUCUGGGAAGCUGACGGGGUCCACAUCCAGCCUCAAUAAACUCACUGUUCAGGGCCCUGGCAAUCGUAGGUCUCAAUCAUCCUCACUCCUAGACAUGGGAAACAUGUCUGCCUCAGAUCUGGAUGUAGCAGACAGAACGAAGUUUGACAAGGUAUCUCCCAUAAACUUUUUAGUGCUGCUUUACUUUACUCAUUUUCUCUCCAUUUUAAUGGUGUAGGAUAUUUCAAUCUGUAUCACAGCUGACUAAAUCAGUACACUUGGCAAUUUGUAAAAAGCGAUCUGGUCUGGUAAUUUCCUAUUUUGAUUCUUGUAGUUGCUCCACUGAUUAUAUUCAGUUUAGUAAUGUAAACUGAAAUAUGUAGUAUAAGCAAGUUUAAAUUAGAAAUCAUAUUCAUGAAGACAAUAUGCCCUGCCAAAUGUAAUAUGAUAUAAUGUCAUGAUCAGUCUACGUUGGAUGUUUGAUAUGUUGAUGUGCCAAAAUCUCUAUGGACAGCUCUGUGCAUGAAAAUAAACAUAGUUUUGAGUGCAUUAAUAUUAUAUAUAUAUAUAUAUAUAUAUAUAUAUAUAUCUAUUGCCCUUUGUGAUUUGUGUUACCACAGGACAGAAUUUUAAAUGCACAGAUGUUCUUAAGGCGAUAAGAAAGCUCAAUAUGUUUAAUGUUCUUUUCAGAUCUUUGCGCAGGUUCUAAGUGAACUGGAGCCUCUUUGUCUGGCCGAGCAAGACUUCAUCAGUAAAUUCUUUAAUCUGUCCCAACAUCAGAGCAUGUCUAGAACACCCAUGGUAUGGCGCUUUGCUCAAUUAUUUAAACUUGAGAUUGCUUUAUCUUUUCUUUGUUCCGGACAAUUAAUUUCAUGCAUUCCUUAUAUGCUGUUAGUGAAUUUCGUUUUCAAAUAUGUCGUUAAAGAUUUAAUAUAGUCUAUUAAACAGAUCUGUGCUUACACCAGACACGUCAGUAGCAGACACAGGUAUACUGGGAAAACUAGUAACAGAUCUUUUAUAAAAAUAUAUUUUCUUUACUUUUGUUUUCAUUCGUGUAGGUAGCUUAGAUCAGUGUUGCAUAGGGUUUUUUGUUUUUGUUUUGGUUAUACAAAUGUUUUUCCUACAAACUAAUUAUAUGACUUCUACCUGCUUUUAUAUAUAUUGAAGAUAUAGCUUGAUUUCAACUUGUGCCUUUGAUUCUUCUCCUACUUUACUGAGAGCGAAAUGAGAUUCCUACAAAUAUCAGUGCAAUCAAUUUACCCAAUGCUUUCUAGUGUUAUAUAAUUAGAUCAGAUUUAAAUAGAUUGCCUUUGCUUAGUCAUUGGUAUUAAAUGAUUAAAACCUGAGCAAGUUGUAAAAAAAAACAUGUUUUAGAAGUUUUAUGAAACGGAAUUCUUCAUUGUUUGUUUGAAAUAUGUAUUUCAAACAAUUUAGGAUUUGUCUGGCAGGCAGACAGUGAAGUGGUUUGCUUAACCGUAAAUAAUACCGUGCUGCCAAUAUCCAGUCAGUAGAAGUGCAUUCUUGCCAUGCUUUAACAAAGAAAUGCAGGGGUGCUAAAACCUGGAAACCAAAGACCACCAUCACCCUCUUUGCUCUUCCUUGAUGGUGUGUGCGAUGGGAAUAGUAGACUGAUGUAGAUUCCCAAUAUGUUCCAUUCUCUCCUGCAACAUAGAUAAUGUAUAUUUUGGACUAGCACAUGUUGCAAAGCUGCAUUCUAGAGUGUACUGCAAGACAUGCAUGCAGGAACGUUAGGGAAACCAACAGGUAGUAAAAGGAAAGGGGCACUAACAACUAAAACAUGAUACACAUGAUAUGAACAAUGAGGAGAGUGGAGAGGAGAAAAUGCCCUGACAAGACAGAGUAAUGGUAUGAUGGUAAAGCACGAGGAGGAAUAAUAUGUAAAAGGAGGAUAAAACGCUUCUUGUGUCAUACACAUGGAUCUGAAAAUUUAGACCAGGAAUUAGUCCUAGAUACUCAAGUGGAGAGAUGUGUGGUUUGGGAUUUGCAGUCAUAGCUUAUAGUCUGUGGGAAAAUCACCUCCCAUAGUGUAAACUUUAAAGGAGCACUAUAGGGUCAGGGACACAAACUUGUAUUCCUGACCCUAUAUGGUUACAACCACCAUCUUGCCCCCCUGGUCCCCUCCAUAAAUAUAGUAAACUCUUACUUGUAUUCAAGCCUGAAGCUGUAGGUUUGCAUGCUGUUAAACUCAGAAAAAAAAGCAGUCUGCUGACAUCAUCAGAAGUGGUAGCCUGAUCCAAUCACAGUGCUUCUCCAUAGGAUUGGCUGAAACUGACAAGGAGGCAGAUCAGGGGCAGAGCCAGCAUGAUUCAAACACAGCCCUGGCCAAUCAGCAUCUCCUAAUAGAGAUGAAUUGAAUCAAUGCAUCUCUAUGAGGAAAGUUCAGUGUCUGCAUGCAGAGGGUGGAAGCACUAAAUGUUUGGAUGCAUUUUAGGCAGCCAUGACCCUAACAGCCAUCUAAAGAGUGGCCAGUGAAGUUAUCACUAGGCUGUAAUGUAAACACUGCAUUUUCUCUGAAAAGACAGUGUUUACUGCAAAGAGCCUGAAGGUAAUGAUUCUACUCACCAGAACAAAUUUAAUAAACUGUAGUUGUUCUGGUGACUAUAGUGUCCCUUUAACAGCAUGGUUGUGAAUCCUUUAGACUUAAACAAAGUAACAUUUUGAUAAACAGGCUUGUGAAGGAGAACUAGGUUGAAAGGGAACCUUGUUAUGCCUGGAUGAGGAAACUCCUAGAUUGAGAUUAUCUGGAGAUGAGGAGAUCCUGCAAGGCAGAACCACAAUUAAUAUCACGCCAAACUCCUAGAGGCAGGAAUUUCAGGAGGGGGCAAGUUGAAAGUACAAACCCCAACUAGAAUAUUAGUGUAAGAACCAGGGACACAUCUGCCAGAAAAUAUUACAUGGUUAAGUAGGGAUACUAUGUCAGCUUAAACAGUUGAGUAAACCACAAAUAUGUAAAACAUUUUCAAGGAAGCAUGGAAGAUUGAUUAGGUACCUAAAAUAAUGAUGGCAUAAAUAAUUAAAUUCACUCAUCUGUUGUGGUUUUGUUAAAGUCAAACUCAUAUCCCAUAUUUCGUAAAGAUAAUGGAUUAGAGAUGUUGUGAGCUCCUAUACUUUUACACAGAACGAGGAACAUUUUAAUUUAGAAAUAAAGACACUUUUCUAGUGAUACUUGGAUUUUAGUGGAUUUUUGUAUGCUUUUUGUUUUUUUUAAGUCUCCUCCUUCAUUUUUGUUAGAUUUCCUAAGGCAUUGACCAUGAAGGGUUUCUAAAACUUGUACCGUUGCGUGUCUUCAUAACCAAAUUAGGCUUUGUCAGUAAUAAUUGACUACAAAGAUAUGCUUCAGCUGUGUUACUACUAUACUAUCAUACUUUAUCCAAUGUACUUUGUUGGAAGAACAUAUACAUGGACUAUGUCUGAAACGUAAUAUUAUCUUUACAAUAAAAUGUGGGUCACACCGUAAGUCUGGUUGGAAGGUUAGAGCAAAAAGGAAAAGUAAACACUAAAAUAUACAAAAACUGUAUUGAAAUUGUUAUGAACAAUUCCAUGGUAAGUUAGGUAGCUGGAUAGAUACAUAGAUUGGGAAUCAUACUUUUAUUUAUCGUGGUGGUGAUGCAGAUACUAUUUGUGGAGGUAUAUAAAAUUAUAUAGGGUGUUUUGUGCUGUGUUGUUUUUUUAUUGCUAUUCUUUUGUGAUAAUAAAUCCCCUCAGAUAAGACAUAACAGUAAAGUUGUCAAACUUGAAUUAAAUUUUUUUUAAAAAGUGAGAAACUCUUACUUUCUCUACAUGAAAGCUGUUAAAAAGCUCAAAGUGACAUACUUUGUGACGCCUACAUUUGAUUGGCUGCUAAGCUGUCCCAAAUGAGUCAUGGGACCUGAAAAUCAAUUGAUCAGAAUGACCAAUUUGGAAACGUAAAUGAGAAAGGACACUUCCCUAAUUUGGCCUAUAGCUUCUUAUAUCAUGACAAUACAAAAAUGGAGGGGGCCACUUUGUGGGAGUAGUGGUAAUAUUCUACAAUUAGUUUUUGAUUGUAUAAUAGGUCUUUAAUGCCUUGCAAUCUCCUUUCUAGGGUGACCAAGAUGAGAGCGAUGGUGGAACUUUACCUCGACAUCUAAAUACUGGAGCACAGCAGUCCGUGCCAUCAGAGUAUGUAGACAUGACUCUGGCAAAAAAAAUUCUUUGUGUGUAUAAAUAUAUAUAUGUGUAUAUAGUGUUCAAGUAUACAGUUUGUAUGUUCUUGUGUAUACUUGUACAUAUGCACUACUUAUGUAUAUGUACAUCAGUGUGUACUUCUGUCUGUGCAUGCUGGAUAUAGGCCUUCAUGCAUAUCCUGUAACUCUUUGAUGGGAAUUCAUGCAUUCUUAAUAUUAAUACUUUCCCUUCUAGCACCAUCUUCUGCACAGUUCGCUUAUUUUUAUUUUUUUUUCUCUCUCCCCCCUCACUCUGGGAUCUUCACAUAAGAUAUUUACAACCCUCUGUAAGAAUGGUGUCUAUGUUCUAUCAAACCUGUCUUAUCUGCACUCAUGUCCUUUUAACCCCUGUAUCACAACUUAUGUUUGAAUUCCAUGUGUCGUCUUGCUCAGAAAUACUUCAGACUUGAGAAAGGGAGGUUCUCCUGAAAGCUUGUCAUUAAAAAAUUCUGUUAGUCCAAUAAAAAAAAUUUGGGGUCUAUAAUAUGUUUCAGUGUGUGUAAUAAUUAUAUAUCUGCUGAAACUUCAUAAAAAUAUAAUAGCCACUCUUUUCUGAAAUUCUAAACUGAUUAAUUUAUUGUCAAAUAAGAGUGUUGGACAAACACUUUAAGUGUUCAGUUGAGGAGUGUAAAAUCUUUCAUUUUGAUAGGUUCUUUUGUCUCUUAUUUGACAAUAAUUUAAUCAGUUUAGGAUUUCAGAAAAGAUUGGCUAUUCUAUUUUUAUAUAGUAGCCCUGUUAUACUAUACAAAUUCUAAUACUUGUUUUCGCAGGAAGGAUUUGAUCCGUCAGAUGAUGACUUUCAUAUUUCGUAGUAUUGAGCCAGAACUGAACACUCUUAUAGCGCUGGGUGAUAAAAUUGACAGCUUUAAUUCUCUGUACAUGCUGGUGAAGAUGAGUCACCACGUCUGGACAGCAGAAAAUGUAGACUCUGGCUCCUUCUUGAGCACCACAUUGGGCAAUGUCCUUGUAACCGUGAAGAGAAACUUUGAUAAAUGCAUAGUAAGUGAUAUGCCAUGUAUGGUUUUAUUCCGUUUUUAUGUAGUUCUGCGCAGCAGUGCGCUGUUUUCCUUAGAAUGAGACAAUGUCUUGUAAAAUAAAAUAGAUCUAAUGCUAAUUUCUUAUUGUUUGUUUGGUUAACCCCAUGAUUACUUUCAGUAUUGUUAAGUUAAAAAAUAAUGCCAAAGCAUAAGUCAUUUCUGUCUUUUCUUAUGCAGAAACCUUAAUAAUUUGAUGUGCUUAUGCUAAUGCUUAUUCCUAUAAUAUCUUCCAAGACAGAGUUUAUAAUCCUUAAAUAUUGCACAUUGCUGUGUGACUUCUUAUAAUCCAUCUUUGGGGAGAUGUGUGACCCCAUCCUUUCUUAGGCUUCUACUUCCUCUUGCUGUGUGUCAGCAGUUAUUGAUUUCAUCAGAUAUAUUUUUAUGUUGACUUUCAUUUUCCUAUCUUAUGGUCAAAGGCCUUUUUUUCUCUCUCAUCUUAUGUGUGCUUGACCUACAGAUUAAUCAGAUAAAGCAGAUGGAAGAAGUGAAGAUCUCGAAGAAAAGCAAAGUCGGCAUCCUCCCAUUUGUGUCAGGCUUUGAAGAGUUUGCCGAACUUGCAGAAUCAAUCUUUCGUGUAGCAGAGAGACGUGGAGAUCUGGACAAAGCAUACACUAAACUUAUCAAAGCUGUGUUCAUCAAUGGUAGGUUUAUAGAAAGAGCCUACAGCCAUCGUCUCACUCUGCUUGACAAGCUAUCACAUAUUACUUCGGUCUGUCUGCAAACCAUGCAACUUGGUCUAAUACAAUGUAUGCUUCUCUUUGGGUGGAAGUCAACCAAUGAAUCAAUGACUGGGAUGGUUUAACAGUAGACAUGACUGUGUGUUGGAUUCUGUAGACCUAUUGUGUUGGUUUUUAAGAGUACAGGUUUGACAACCUGAAAUAUUUUAUAAGUUUAAUACUUGCAAUUUUAAAAUCCUAUACAUGCGCAGUGUGAUCAAUAAUAAAGCACUCUCAUAUACAGUGCAGUAUAUGUAGUCCACGUUAUGAAAAUGAAUGCCAAGACUGUCAUUAUAUAAAUUAAUCUGCCUAACCUGUGCCAAGAAGCAGUUACCUUCUUAAGCGAUAAUAUAUUUCUUAUGAUAAUCACUGUAUGGUCCCAAAAACAGUCAGCAUGGAAAGUUUUGACUAUUUGGCAUUUAUAGCCCUAUACAGCUGAUGUCUCUUAAUGAAUUAUUCAUUCCAUUUUGAUUUAUGACCUUAGAAGACUAAUUAUUCUAGUAAUUAUACAGUAAUAGUUUUUUUUUUUAAGCUAUUCAUAUGAACUGAUCAAUGUAUAAUUGAUGCAUGCCAAGUGUGCUUUUUGCAAUCUUUAUUAAUUCUGGGCAAUUUACUUCUUGAUGUUACCAGUCUUCUGAGUAUUUGUUUUAACCGCAGAUCUGUACAUUAAAGGGACACUAUACUUAAGCAGUUUUGGUGUAUAGAACAUGCCCCUGCAGCCUCACUGCUCAAUCCUCUGCCAUUUAGGAGUUAAACCCCCUUGUUUAUGAACCCUAGUCACACCUCCCUGCAUGUGACUUGCACAGCCUUCCGUAAACACUUCCUGUAAAGAGAGCCCUAUUUAGGCUUUCUUUAUUGCAAGUUCUGUUUAAUUAAGAUUUUCUAAUCCCCUGCUAUGUUAAUAGCUUGCUAGACCCUGCAAGAGCCUCCUGUAUGUGAUUAAAGUUCAAUUUAGAGAUUGAGAUACAAUUAUUUAAGGUAAAUUACAUCUAUUUGAAAGUGAAACCAGUUUUUUUUUUCAUGCAGGCUCUGUCAAUCAUAGCCAGGGGAGGUGUGGCUAGGGCUGCAUAAACAGAAACAAAGUGAUUUAACUGCUAAAUGGCAGUGAAUUGAGCAGUGAAAUUGCAGGGAAAUGCUCUAUACACUAAAACUGCUUUAUUUAGCUAAAGUAAUUUAGGUGACUAUAGUGUUCCUUUAACCCCUUAAGGACGCAUGACAUGUGUGACAUGUCAUGAUUCCCUUUUAUUCCAGAAGUUUGGUCCUUAAGGGGUUAAACUAAAUGGAUUGCUCCCCCUAGUGUUCAUUGCCGUAACUGCAUUUAAAGCAGGGAUUGGAGUACAUGCAUACAAGAUAGAAUUUUGACUUUGUUACUGGUAUUUUUUGUCUUAGUUGAAAAAGUAGCUAACGAAAGUCAAAAGACACCUAGGGACGUGGUGAUGAUGGAAAACUUCCACCACAUUUUCGCUACUCUUUCCCGCCUAAAGAUAUCAUGUCUAGAAACAGAGAAGAGAGAAGCCAAACAAAAAUACGGUGACCAUCUGCAGUCUUAUGUCAUAUACUCACUGGGACACCCACUGGAAAAAUUAAACGUAAGUUCCAUUUUCCUAUCUCCUGGUCUAGGACAAAGUUCCAUCUUCAAUUUAGAAACAUUUCUGGCAGCUUUAAAGAGAUUUACAUUAACAGUACAUCCUCUCAUUGCGAGUGAAUGUUUAAAUGAAUAAUAACAGAUUUUAUGGUAGUUUUUUUACUAUAUAAUACUACAUGUUCUGUCCAGAAAAUCUACAAUUUCACACCUGAUCUUAGGUGACAUGCAAAAUUGUUCUUUCCCAAAAUUAUGUCAAUCCUCUGCAAUCUUGGAGUUGUCUCAUAAAAAUGUAUUAACUUUACUAACUAUAUUCACUUAGUAACUUUAUUAAGGAUUUAAAAAUGUUGUGAAAGAAUUUGUCAUGAGCGAAACAUUACAGAAGCUUAAAGCAAUAUAGAUUGGUUUUUCAUGCUGAAAAGUAUUUUCUCUUCCAGCAAUAGCCUCAUGUUCUUGAGCACGUCUGUAGGUACCCAGAGGACUUUUUAUACAUAUGUAGUUCAAUACAGGAAGAAUCAUGUUCUAUAUUUGUGAAGGUCAAAACUUUUUGUUUUAGCUGCAAUUAUGUAUCAAAAUAAACCAUUUGAUUUAUCUGUCAGAAGUAAUAAAAUUAAUUGAAGAUAUUAAUUUUCAUACUUCCCAAAGUUGGGAAUUUAUAAGAUCUGGACAAGAAGAGCUGUGCUUGUGAUGCAAAUUUUAGAUAAAUUAUUUGGAAUAUUGUUUUUUUUUUUUAACCACAUGAAAUUAUUUGCAAAACAUAUUAAAUCGAGGGGGGAAAUAGAUGAUGACUCUCUAUGAUUGGUCUCUACCCUUUCUUCUUGUGGAACUUGCAGGCAGAGAAUAAUGUAAAUAUACUAAAUGUACUGAGGACUAGGGACUACUCAACCCCUGGCCCAAAAGGAGUUAAUAGAUCUACUGAGUACAAGUGGAUGGCCAAUCCCUUGACCCUGAAAGGCCUAAAACUGUUUUUGGAAGUCCAGUGAUCUUCACCUUUUUUUUUUUUUUUGGAUUGUUUUGUUUAUUUGUUAUUCCAGUCUGCUCAUUCUUUGUGUGCAAUGGGACUUUCACAGACCCUACAUGUAUAGAUUUAGCAGUUUUACUUACACUUUCAGUGAUAAUGGGAGAGGAGAGAGUGUGUGUGUGUACUGGCAUACUUGGGUUUCAGACACAAGCUUGUGUGUGUAUGUGUGUAUAUAUAUAUAUAUAUAUAUAUAUAAUGUGUGUGUGUGUGUGUAUGUAUAUGUGUAUUUUACUUUUUUUCUGUAUGUAGUAUUUGUAGUUGUAAAUGAUGUGUCACUCUGUAGCUGUCAUGCAAAAGCUUGCACCUGUUAUUUUCCAGCUUUGUACAAAGGCCUGUUCUUACAAUGGGAAACGUGUUGUUUCUAAGUUAUGACUUUUUUUCUAUCCUGUGGUGUACAUGUUAUUGAAUCUGCAUUUAUAUCAGUGUGUGCCUAUUUGUGUUACGUUUCAUAUUGGGUGUGAUGUUAUGUUUUUCUGAAGAUAUUCUUUGAAGGGGUGAAAGCACGCGUUGCCCAGGGAAUUGGCUAUGAUGAAGUCAGCUACCAGCUAGCUUUUAGCAAGCAAGAACUGCGGAAAGUCAUAAAGGACUACCCUGGAAAGGAAGUGAAGAAAGGCCUGGAUAACCUUUACCGCAAAGUGGACAAACAUCUAUGUGAGGAGGAGAACUUGUUACAGGUAAAUAUUAUACACUUUAGAAAUAUAAAUAUUUUACUGUAAACCUAAAAUAGCUAAGCUGUGACUGUAAUGAAGUUGGAGAUCAUUUCACAUCUGCAAAGUUAGCCUCAAUAUUGCCAUUCAGAUUUAAUUUACUAGAAUUCCGAGUUAAGUGAAUAACGCGGUUUGUAUUGCAUGUAGUGUUUUAACUUGUGACUUAAACAAACACUUCUAGUCCCAUAACCCAUAAAGCUCUUUGUAGUGUUUUUAGUGCUCUGAAGCUGUAUCUGAAAACCUAUCUUUUAAAUCCUUUACAUUUCAAUAAUGUUGUUUCAUUGUCAUCUCCUACAACGUGUAUUCUGUGUGCAAGCCAGCAUUUGCAGGAGUUGUGCGGUGAGUGGGUGCACACAUACAGCAGACUACUGUGCCAAUCUGGAAACUAAGCUAUGUGUUGCAAAAGCAGGAGUUGACUUGAAUGAACAGAAUGAACAUGUUGGAGCCAUACAAGUUUUGCAAUGUCUCAGUAACGAAGCUAGACUUCCCUAUAUGACAUGACAUCAGUGGGUAGUGUGUAAAUGUAAAUCACUGAAAUGGCACAUAUUUUAGAGAUCUGUUUUCAGGACAUUUUAUAGGACCCCAUAACCUAUACAAUGAAGUGUAGUGGAAAUAGUGCUGGGUGUGUCCCUUUAGCUGGUGAAAACGAUAAUUUGUGUAAUUAAGGUAUACUUCUAUUUCCAAACGGAGUAUAAAGUAGAAGUGACUAAGCUUGGCCCUGCAAAGAUUUGUAAACUGCAUUUACCACCUUCGUGCAGGUGAGCCAUUCACAUUGCUAUUCAGAGCCAAAAUAGUUAACCCUGAUCUAGUGAGCAGAGUGAUUCUGUUUCAAAUAAAUCUAAGGUUUAUGACCUUAUAUAAUGCAGAUUUCAUUUAACCUUUCAUCUUAUGUUUGCUUUGAAUGGAUGUUAUCACAGAAUCAACCCAGCAGCUAUGUUUUAUAGAACGCUAGGGUGAGUCACAAAGGUUCUUUCUCCUCCAUUGCUCCUGAUUAUAAAGGGGAUUAUUUGAAAUAACAUCCCUCUUACUUUCAAAUGGCCAAAGCUCUCACAGAAAUAACCAAUUCAUUUCAUGUUUUGUCCCUUUUAAUAAAAGUUUUGGCCACAUGAAUUCUGACACUUAGUCAUGUGAAACAAGGAGAAGGCAGUAAUAGUUAUGUCACAUUACUGUCAAAGCAGCAAAAUGUCUAUCGAUGUAAGAAUCAUUUUUUUGGAUCUGCUUUCUUUUUAUUCUUGAAUUGUGUUUAAAAGCUUAACACACUCUAUACUCUGGGUACAUGUGCCAUAUUUAGCAAUACAACAUUUCUUCUUAUGUGUCCUUUCAAUAUUUACUAUAUGACAAGCAGGAUUCACCCAUUCUGCCUCAGCAUUCCAAGGUGUAAGUGUCGGUGCUGAUAGAUGGCUUAUAAUGUGUUUUGGGUUUUUUCUUCUCUCCAACAGGUGGUCUGGCACUCCAUGCAGGAUGAAUUCAUCCGUCAGUACAAGCACUUUGAGGGUCUCAUUGAGAAAUGUUACACUGGAGCUGGUAUUACCAUGGAAUUUACAAUCCAGGACAUUCUGGAUUACUUCUCUAGCAUUGCCCAGUCGCAUUAG